AUGCUUGGCCCUGCCGUGUCCCUUUUGAGGACCACCGGGGACAUAGCAGGGCUAAGCAUCUUCACCCCAUACGUCCUUUUCCCAAAGGUAAGGCGGCUGGCUGUGGAUGGGUGGGGGAUGGUGGGCCAAGUCAGCCUGGCCGGGUUGUGGGGGGGCAUCACACGUAUGACAUCAUGCACAUGCGACAUGUUAAGUUGUGGGUGAACAUAUCAGACGACACAGUGAUUCUUCAAACAGCUCUUAUUUAUUCACAGGCCAGAACAGAACUGGACUGAAGGGUUCAGCCAGCCUGCUUAUAUAGAGCUCCAGUACAACGCAACUGUAACAACUUUCUGUAACUAUCCAAUCACUGAACGUCACUUUCAAUCCCUUAUUUGCAUAUGUGGACCUAAGUGAAAACUAUCUACAGUAUCCCCCUGCUGGCGCAGGGUGAGAACUUCAGUACAUAACAUGACAGGCCGCCUCAAUGCUCAGCACAACUUGGCACCUAUGGCCACAUGCCCGAAAGGAGCGAAGCCAGAGGCAGAAGGAAGCAAACCAAUGAAUGUAAAUGAUACCUUUUAAGAGUAGGCUAUUUUCUACACAUAUUCAUAUGCACUUUCUGUUCAGUCAAGCAAGUUCAAGGGCACAUUCCAGGCAGGUGCAAACCCACAAGGAGGGUGAAAAACAGAGCCAGGGGAAGAUGUGGCCUGGAGGACGUGGAAGUGUCCCAAGGAGAAAACAGAGAAGCCUGGAAGGUCACAUCUAACCCAAAGCCUGAAGUUUCCUACCCCAUCAUAGAACUCAGGUUGAAAGUGCUUUCCUCCUCAUUGUAGGCACAGAAAUUAAUAGACAGUAUACAAACUUGUUUUUAUACGCAACUACAGCAGUGAGAGUACUAUUAGCCCAACGAUGGAAACAGGAAGAAUUACCAAUGAAGGAGGAGUGGCAAAUAAAACUGAUGGAGUAUGCAGAAGGUGACUGGGAGAAUUCGGAACCAGAAAGACGAGGACUUCCUUAAGGAUUGGAAGAAAUAUAUGAUUUAUUUGAAAGACAAUUGCAUUAAUGUAACAUCGCUUGUAGGUUUACAGGAAGUUUUGUAAGGAGGACUAUAUAAAUUAUUGCAAAAUGAUUUAGGAAGGAAAUAAUUAGGAAACGAAGUUUAAAAGCAUUCAUUAUAAUAAUAAAAUGCAAGAUCAGAUAACAAACUUGAAAAUCACUAGACAGGAUUGACAGAAAUCUCAGGCUAUAAUAGCCAAAAUGAGGAUGGUGUGAUGCGAUGUGAAAAUUUGUUUGGAAAACAUAUGCAAAAACUAAUAAAAAUGAUUUUUUAAAAAGGGGAAAAAAGAAAGUGCUUUCCUCACUCCUGCCCACCGGAUCUAAGAUAUCCUGGAAAUUGCAUUCCUUUGCUUCUCUUUUCAGCCUAGGCUCCCAUUUCCUUGAAAAGCCAAUUCAAUCUGCUUGGGGACUGUUUUUGCUCAUAGUGAUAAACUUCCCCUGAGCAAUAUUCACACCUACCUUGGGAUUGUUCUCCAUUAUGAACAUCCCAUAGGAUAAGCUCUGUGGAGGAAACUCAUGAGAUUCGAAAAUAGCCAAUUGCACGCGCUGAUUUUGAACACAGGGCAGUGCACUAAUUAAAAUCUAGAGAGAAAAGGGAAAUCACUUUGUAGUCUUCCCCUAGACUCCAGAAAUAGCAGACAUGCAUUGACAGUGAUCUCCGCAAUAAAGUUUAAAUCACACACUGGGUAUGUUCAAUUUUGCCUAGUGCUGCUCCUCCCAUUUUCAAGCUUUCUGAAACUCACCAGUGGCCUCCGAUAGCAUCUAAAUAAAAGCAUAGCCAAUUUCACCAGGAGCUCUUUAUCUCCCCCCCUCCUUCCCCCAAAUCUAGUAUUAUCUCAUUGGAAUGCAAAUUGCAAAAUGCAAAUGAACACAUCAAGCAUCCUAAACUCCCCGAUCAGAAGGGACUCAUAGAGCCCUCAAUUUCGCCAGCUUUUCAUUUGCACUCUAUUUACAUACAGAGACACGACUGUGCUCCUUUGCUACAUCGACAUCCUCCACCUAAAGCAGCAGUACUUGAAAGGGAAGAGAGGGAGGGAUUAUAUACUUGUACAUAUACACAGACAGAAACUCAUUGCAAAAUAAUGUCUGAAUUAUGGAGUUAGACAUUUCCUGGUACACUGAAAGCUGUAUGGAAAAACCCCCGGAGAAUGGAGGGAGACUGUCACAAUUUUGCUCACACCUUCCAAUGCAGCAGUACAGUUCAAGUACCUUUGCAUUAUCACACAACAGGAUUUGAACUUCUUGUGACUUUUACUGCCGUUCCUUUUGUGUGCAUCGGAGUGUUUCAUUUCUUUCCCUGCACCCCCUCCCGUUUCACGGUGUUUGCUUGCGCGCACCGAUUGUGGUUGGGUUUUUUCUUUUGCCGCCUGCCGCUGAACACCUAAUUUACCCACAAGACAAGAAAGCUUAUUUGUGGAGAUGAUGGGAAGCCUUUUUUCGCCCAAUUGCAGAUCACAGGCCACUCAAGACAAAUGCUGCGUGCGCAGAACGAAAUGAAUAAUGCUUCCUGAAAGGCGGGAGUCAGCCAUUUCAGGCUGAGCGAAGGAGAAGUCACCAGGGGAAGUCAUGAUUAAUAUGACCCUCUGCCGUUGUUUGUUUACCAAGCCUCAACCUAACGACGAAUCCUUUCUUUCCAUUUUCAGAAAGGAAGGCAAAGUUGCCUUCAAGCAACAAUGGUUCUAAAGAGAAACACAUUUUCUUGAAAAGCCUUCCGACAAACUCUCAUCUCAAAUGUUUGAAGUCACCAAAGCAACGAUCAAGUCGAGCAGAACCAAAAGGGGGUUUACUAGGACUGGGCACAGGCCCCUCCAUUCUGCCCUGUGGCCCUGAGAUGUGGCCCUAUGGCAACCCAGGGAUCACUUCCCCUGCCCUGGAUUCAUCUCCCAAGCAAUUGAGGGCUGGGGCUAGCGGUUCUCCAAAACAUGGAUAGGAGGGAGUGGGGGAAAGGAUUAAAUGCUGUGUCUUUUCCCUGUCCCAACUGAGAGCAGGCAGGCAGGUUCCAGAGAAGGAGCAGCAUGCAGGAAAGCAAAGGAGAAGCAGCCAGAACCGCACAGGAAUCAAAUCCUCCUGCUUAUUAGCUGUUCUCCCUCCACUGUGGAAUUCUGUAUGCUUUUGAACACCAUUUCCGGGAAGCACAAGUGCAGACAGGGCUGUUGCACUUGAGUCCUGCAUCUGAGCUUCCUGUAGGCAUCCAGUCAGGGGUGGAGGAAGGAGGGUGUGGUGGGGAUGGCUCUCCCCAGGUGUCACCAUGGGGGGGGUUGACAAAAUGCCAGGCAGCACUCAGCGUGCCUGAGCCACACAUCUCUCCUGGGAGUGAAGUGGUGGCUUGGGCGCCCGCAGGCUCACGCUGCCCUAAACGGUCCGCCCGCUACCUCCCCCCAGCUGUAGGACAGCCAAGUGGGAGGAGGGAAGCAGACUCUUCGUAGGCCUCAUGGAGCAUCCUGUCCCAGCUGGCUCCACCCCACGGACGGCUGGCCCUGCCCCUGGGCGCAGGGCACGCGUACCGCCCUAGGUGCCCGAUCGGCUUGUUCCGCCGCUGCAUGCAGUUGGCCAAUGUGAGAAGAGGAUGGUGGACUUGAUGGGGCAUUGGCCUGAUCCAGACAGGUGCUCUUUAAGUUCUUGAUUCAAUGAGCUGGUGCUGACCUGUGAAGUACUAAAUGGCUUGGGACCCAAAUACCCAGCAAAUCACAUCUCCCUUUCUCAUCCUGCCCAUGUCUUAUGACCUUCAGAGGAGGCUCAUCUCUGCUUCCUGCUGUCAGGUUAUACGGUGACACAAGGAGAGACCUCUUUGCCCUGGAGUCCUGCAUAGGGGACACUCCCCCAUUUGAAAUGCAGUUGAAGCCAACACUUUACAUCAGUUGGGUGCCAAGCCAAGAAUUAUCUCUUUGCCCACACAUUUCCUUUCCUUUUCUUUUUAUAGAAGCUUAUUAAAUUAGCAGCGGGACGCGGGUGGCGCUGUGGGUUAAACUGCAGAGCCUAGGGCUUGCCGAUCAGAAGGUUGGUGGUUCGAAUCUCCACGAUGGGGUGAGCUCCCAUUCCUUGGUCCCUGCUCCUGCCAAACUAGCAGUUCGAAAGCACAUCAAAAUGCAAGUAGAUGAAUAGGUACCGCUCUGGCAGAAAGGUAAACGGCGUUUCCAUGCACUGCUCUGGUUCGCCAGAAGUGGCUUAGUCAUGCUAGCCACAUGACCCAAAAGCUGUCUGGGGACAAACGCCGGCUCCCUUGGCCUAUAGAGCGUGAUGAGUGCACAAUCCCAGAGUUGUCCGCAACUGGACCUAACGGUCAGGGGUACCUUUACCUUUAUUAAAUUGGCAUUGGGUUAGUCCUGCUUUAUGGUUUAAGCUGCUCCUGCUGUUUACCUGCUCCUAUUGUACAGAAGGUAUUUUAUGGUUUUAUUCUUAUGCAUUAUGUGAUUUUAUAUAUUUUAAUGCGUUGUAUCUCACGCUGCUGUCUGACCAGAUAAAAGGUGGGAUAUAAAUACUUUAUUUAAUUACAAAAUGGUUCCCAGGCUUCCAACAUGGUUGGCACAGUUCUUAUUUGUGGCAGCCACACACAAAAGCUCAUAAGAAAAAUGAAGGAAGUUGUGUUAUGACCACUGCUGGUGAUGCUCCUCACACCCAGGAAAUGUGGUGAAAUGGCCUCCCUUCUCUGGGUACAAACAGAGUGAAGGAAAAUUCUAAUCCUACUGGUGUCGUAAAGGAAAUUAAAAGUAUAUUUUUGUUUUAGCUAUGGAAGAAGAGCUAACACUUUUCUAUUAAGAUCUUCCUGGGAGACAUACAGUGUCAAUAUUCCAAAAGGUAAUCUAUGACAAUUGGUUUUAAAACUGCUGAGUUUCGUACUGUGAGAGCAUUAUCGCUAUCAGUGUGUGUUUGGGGCAAAUUAAUAACCUGCUGUUGUUUGCUGAUGUGUUUCAAUAUUCAAUAAUUAAAAAGCCCUAAGUAAAUAGUAUUUACCAAACUCUAUUGUUUUGUUACAAUGAAUAAUGGUCUCAUUGUUAACAUCUUAAUCUUUUGAAUUACUGUGUAAUGACAAGAACUAAAUUAUUUACAAAGAGCAGAACACUUGCUGUAUUAUAAACAUACUGUUGUCAUAGGAGGGCUGGGUUCUGGUGUAUUAACGUUUACCAUUUUGACAGACCCGCUGUAUUCCACCUUGCUCAGACCACACAUGGAGUACUGUGUCCAGUUGUGGGCACAACAAUUUAAGAAGGAUAUUGAUAUGUUGGAACAUGUGUAGAGGAGGGCAACCAAGAUGAUCAAGGGUCUGGAAAUCAAGCCAUAUAAUGAACGGUUAAGGGAAUUGGAUAUGUUUAACCUGGAAAAAAGGGGAAACUUAGAGGAGAUAUGAUGACUGCCGAGACCACAUAACACCAGUCUUGAAAAGCCUACAUUGGCUCCCAGUACAUUUCUGAGCACAAUUCAAAGUGUUGGUGAUGACCUUUAAAGCCCUAAACGGCCUUGGUCCAGUAUACCUGAAGGAGCGUCUCCACCCCCAUCGUUCAACCCAGACACUGAGGUCCAGCACUGAGGGCCUUCUGGCGGUUCUCUCACUGCAAGAAGCAAUGUUACAGGCAGAGGGCCUUCUUGGUAGUGGCGCCCACCCUGUGGAACACCCUCCCAUCAGAUGUAAAAGAAACAAACAACUACCUGACAUUUAGAAGACAUUUGAAGGCAGCCCUGUUUAGGAAGUUUUUAAUAACUGAUGUUUUAAUGUAUUUUUAAUCUUUUGUUGGAAGCCGCCUAGAGUGGCUGGGGAAACCCAGCCGUAUGGGUGGGGUAUAAAUAAUAAAUUAUAUUACAGUGGUACCUUGGGUUACAAACGCUUCAGGUUACAGACUCUGCUAACCCAGAAAUAGUACCUCGGGUUAAGAACUUUGCUUCAGGGUGACAACAGAAAUCAUGUUAGCUAAAGUGGUACCUCAGGUUAAGAACAGUUUCAGGUUAAGAAUGAAUUAAGUUCUUAACCUGAGGUACCACUGUAGUAUUGUUAUUGUUUUAUUGUUAUUAUAGCCACCUUCAAAUAGCCAAAGGGCUCUCACAUGGAGGUUGGAGCAUGCUUGUUUUCAACUGCUCUGGAGGGUAGGACCCAAACCAACGGCUUCAAGUUACAGGAAAGGAGAUUCCGACUAAACACCAAGAAGAACUGACAGUAAGAGCUGUUUGACCAUGGAACACAUUUCCUCAGAAGGUGGUGGACUGUCCUUCAUUGGAUGUUUUUAAGCAGAGCCUAGAUGGCCAUCUGUCACUGAUGCUUAGGUUGAGAGAGGUUUGGAGGAGGACCCAAAGUUCUCCAUGCCUGGCUUAGGAGAUGUCACCUAAUGCCAAUAAAAUAGGACCCUUUGUCUGCCCAAGGGCAGUUGUACAAACAGAACAUUUCGUGCCUUUAGGAGGGAAAUUGCCAAAGUUGAUUCUAUUGUGGAAAAGGUUGGGCCUCCACUGUAAUAAGUGUAGUCAUUACAUUUUAUUUUUUUAAAAAGGAGAACGAAACAGUAACAAAAGAGUAACGAAAGGAACAAGACUAUGAGUGGAAGCUGAAGCCAAUGGGGCUGCAGGUAGUUAAACAAAAUGGUCAAAUAGCACACAUACUUAAAAAUACUUUCCUUUCAGUAACAUAGCAGUAAUUGACCCAAAGUGGGGGGGGCUUCUGGUGUUCUUGCAGCUAUGCUGAAUUCCCCUCUCUCUUGAACCUGAUGUUCUGUCUUUUUCACUGUACGGGGUCUCCUGGGAACUGUCUGCAGAUAAUUAGGGGAUUAAAAGAUAAUGGCCUGUUUAGACAGCUUCCUUUCUAGGAUCUGGGAGUAUUAUUUCAGAUCUCUGGGUUGUUUCAUUCAUUUGAAAAAAUAAUAAUUCCGCGCUGCUUUUCUUCCUCAGAAAGGCCCCCGAGGUGGUUCACAGCAAUCAAAUGCAAUUUUGCAAUUAAAAAAAUAAAAUAAAUCCAAAGCACAAUUACAGCCAGAGCAAGAAAGGCUAUUGCCACAGAACAGAAGAAAAGAGGGCCCACGCUGCCACAGCAGAAAUAAAACAAUGAUUGCCUCCCUCAAAGGCCUCGGGGAGGCAGCUAAUGAGCCUGUAGCAGCAGCAGGGAUUUCUGGGGCAAAGGUGCUAUCAUUCCCCAUGAACACAUCCCUGAAUGAAAAUAAUCGCUCUCAGUACAAUGCAUGUGAUUUGGAUUGUGCUAUUAAAUAUGGGUGCCCAUCUACAAACUGAUCUACUUCAAGAGCUUUUGUGUUGAUUUCUUCAAAGUUGUCAGCAGAAUAAUUUCAACUGCAAUUAUUUGUGUGUGCUGGAAAAGUGGACACCCAUUUCCAGAGUAUCGGUUGCAGAAAGUUAGCUUUUCUUGUCUCUGUCGACAUUCAUGGUCUUGUUUCAAGAUAUAUCCAGGAAGCUAGCAUUCAAUUAUUUCAACAUUUGCAUUGAAAGUACUGCCUUUUUUUGCCAGGGGAGCUUAAAUUUCCUCCCAAACCCUAAGCUGUAAGAAUUUCCUUUUGUUUUCAUUAUUUGUUGGCAUUGCAGGAUCUGGCAUACAGCAAUAUUGCUCCUGCAACCUGGGGUGGGGUCCAACAGCCUUUUAUCUUUGUUGGGGUAACGGCCGGUCCUGAUCCCCCAGCAACUCACCUCUCUGUUUCACCCGAAGGUGAGCACUCCUCCUGCGAGUACUGAGGUCUCUCCUUCUCUCAGACCUUAGUCUCUGCAGCUCGGGAGACGUUGGUAGGUUACUAUACCCAGUGGCCGCCUCAGCCUCCCCUGACCCAACCAGUAGUGGAGCAGCUGUAAGUGAUGGCCCAGCUGAAGGCAACGAGGUAAUCCCCGCAUCUGGAGCCAGAACAGGCUCAGGCCCCUGACUUGGCCCAGCUGGUGUUUGUUGCAGGGGAACCUGUGCAGACUGGAACUCUUCAGGGUCAGGCCCCAGACUUGGUUCAGUUGAUGCCUGAGACAAAGGAUCCGUUGCAGACUGAGACUCCUCUGGUUUCGAGUCUGAGCCCGAGUCCCAGGCCAUCACAACUCCAUGUAGAGUUGACUGGAAGAGGCUGCAUGCAGAGACCAGGGAGCAUGGCUGACAUCUGCUCAGGACCCUAGCCUGCUGAAGCUAUGAGCAGAGCCGCAAGAGACACCCUUGGGAUGUAAUAUUCAGCACUCUCUCCAUCAAAACUCAGGUGUAAAUAUGGGUAAAUAAACCAUAUUUCUUAAAGACACUGCAGACUCUGCUGUGCCUUGUUUCAAAGGAACGCACAGCCUGGUUGAGUGCCAGGAUCCCUGAAAUCUCAUGCACUUCUCAGCAGAGCUUGGGGUGGCUGGUAACAAUAUUGUAAAUCUGGAGAUACUUUUCAACACUGCUGAACAUCACGAUGUGUGAGAUCUACUGUCCCAUGGUUGUUCCCAUGCAGCUACGUGGCUACAUCCCAAUGAGUGAUACACAAUCCACUCUAACCAUACUGGGCAUGAGAAGAGUCACGUGGAAACAGUCUCAGGAUAAUGGCAACCACAGCGUUAUGAUAAUGUUUCAAUGGGACCAAAGAUUCUCAUGUCAAGCUUGGUACUUUGGUGCCUGAAGUUCUAAGAGCUAUCCACUGGAAAACAUAUUGGUGUUAUUAAAAGAAGAAGCUGAAAUGAGCAAAUGAAGCCACACAGCUGAAGUAAUUAAGACUGACAUGAAAUAGGUUUCUAAAUGUCACUUUUCAAUACAAUUUCCCUGACAUUUAGUGAUCUUAUUGAUAACUUUCACUGAUAUGAUUUACAGUGACUUUUGGGGUAAGCUAGAAAUUAUUCCAAGGAUGCUAUUCAAUGCUAGACCUUCUCAAAGUAGGCCCAUUUCAAUUAAUGGAGAUGACUAACUUGGGUUUGUUAAUUUCACUGGGUGAACCCUGAGUUAGGGCUUAGCUGAAUACAACCUUUUAUUUUGACAACUCGGCUGUAAUGUACCAUGUAAGAUGCGCAGUAAAGCAAACAGAUUUUGUGUCCCACACUUUUAGUUAUGCUAAGGAGUUUUGUGCUAAUGGUGCAAUAUUGUGUCAAAUCACAUGUAUUUAAGUAAGGCCAAAACACAUGACUUUCCAUGUACAGUGGUACCUCGGGUUAAGUACUUAAUUCGUUCCGGAUGUCCGUUCUUAACCUGAAACUGUUCUUAACCUUAAGCACCACUUUAGCUAAUGGGGCCUCUCGCUGCUGCUGCGCCGCCGGAGCACAAUUUCUGAUCUCAUCCUGAAGCAAAGUUCUUAACCUGAAGCACUAUUUCUGGGUUAGUGGAGUCUGUAACCUGAGGCGUAUGUAACUCGAGGUACCACUGUAUUUUUUAAAAAAUAUAUGCUACACCAUAUAGGGUUGUAGAAGUGCUCAGCUUUCUACUGAAGGGAUAAUUGCUUGCCAAAGUCAGUAACACCAUUGGGCCUAAUUCACACAUUGGACCAGAUCAGUGAAGAGAUUAGACCAGGUAGCAGCCCAAGCCUAUGAAUGGUAGGUGGAAUGGCAGACUUGAACUCACCUGGCUGGGACUAGGAACCGGGUGAGCGUUCAAGUGUCAACAUUAUGUACAAUUAUUUCGGCACUGUGUUAAGACAUUUGCCCAGGCACUACAAAGGGCUUAGAUUCACCUUCACAUUUUUAAAAACCAAAACUGGCACCACAAAAUUCUGAUUGGUAGGUGUGACCUAAUCCACAGACAAGUCCUGUGCUAGAGAAUUUGAUCACUUUGCCAGAAAAUGUGGACUGAAUUAAUUUCCCCUUCAUCCGUACUAGGAUUAUUCCUAUCUUCCACCCUACAGUGUGGUCAGCCCUGAACCCAAACAGCCUGUGUGGACGAGGUCACUGAAAUUAACAGCUGAAAUAUGUUCCCAAAUAACCAGGGAGAUUUUUUGUUUUAAAUCAAUGCAUCUCAUACUUUUCUGUAAAGGCUUUAAAUACUUAUUCUCCCCUAAGGCAAAUAUUUUUAAUAAGUGGAACAGUAAUUAAACUGCUAUAAUAUACAUGUGAUAUAGAAUAUAUUUGUGUUCAUUUCCUCCUCAAAAAUAGAUUAUAAAUUAGUGGCACCAAUCCCUUUAAACAGUGAAACACAAUUUAACUCCUUUUUUAAAAAAGAAGAAGAACUUUGACAAUGGAAAGCUGGCAGAAAUGUGUCAUCAGAAAAAAUAAGCUUCUUUUCCAACGCUGAUUUUGUUAACUUAAUUUUGGCUGACAAUUUCAUUCUUGCAUCUUCCUAAGAAUGUCGGAGCAGGCACCAGGAGUUAAUCCCAACCCUUGUCACUCAUUUGUAAGGAAAGAACAAAACCUUCAGAAAAUGAAACCGCAAGACACAAAAUAAUCAAAUUUAAACGCAUAACCAGUACAGAUAUGCUUCUACAAUGCAAAUGCUAUUAAAGCAAAUUGCACUUCGAUUCCCCCUUCCAAUAUUUUAAUAGAAGCCUUGUGAGAAGAUGGUGGAGAACGAAACACUCAAAAUCUCACACAUCCCUACUGCCUGGCUUGAGCAUGCAGAAGUUGGAUGGCUUAAAGCGGGGAUUAGACAAAUUCAUGGAGAAGGCAGCUAUCAAUGGCUACUUGUCAUGGCUGCUAUAUAUUAUCUCCAGUAUCAGAAGCAGCAGGCUCUAAAUUUGAUGGGGAACAUGAGCAGGGGAGUGCUAUUAUGCUCUCGUCCAACCUGUGGGCUUCCAACUGGCAUCUUCCAACUGGCAUCUCAUUAGCUUCUGUGGGGAUCAGAAUCUCAGACUCGGUCGUUUUUGUCCUCGUUUUGCAGGCCUGCAAUCCAUUAUAAACACUUGCUCGCCUUCACCCCUCGGGAUGAGCACAGCCCAUAAAAUGCAUUCCCCCCUCCUAUUGUGAUGGGGAAGGGUAGGAAAUCAACAAAUACUACUGAAUUUGAGGGUCAGGGUGGAAGUGUUCCAUGAUCUCGAUAAGAGAAGCCACAGACCCCACAGAACUUCAAGGGUUGUGUGAUUAAAGUGAUGCAAAUGUACAUAGGAUCAGGUCUGUCCCCAGAAUCAUUUAAAGCCUAUUCAAGUAUUAUGCUUUGGUGCAUGAGGGGGGGAAUGGGACCACCCACUCUUGCUGUUGAGUCCCAUCCCGGCGUCCCCACCCCAACACCAGCAGGGGAGAAGGACAAUUUGAGGUGAGGAGGCUGCUUAGUGUUCAUAGGCUCCCAUGCAAUUUAGAACGUUCCCAGUGUCUGGAGAGUGUGAUCCUAAUUGUGUGAGUGCUGAAUAGGACUUAAAUAUUCUUUCAUGAACAUCUGUGCUUGAAAUGCCUACAGAAAGUUCACAUGAAAAGGACCCUCUAGAUUAACCCUGAAUUCACUUUAGGUUGGAGACGGAGUACCUGGGGACCUCCAGAUGUUGUCAGACUACCAACUCCCAUCAGCCUCUGCCUGCUUCGCCAAUGGUCAUUGAUGAUGAAGGUCACAAUCCGGCAUAAGCUGGAUGGCCUCAGGUUUCCCAUCCUUGCUUUGGAGGGAAAAACUCAUAAACUACAGUCAAUAACCUUUGGGACUUAUUUGCCUCAGAUUGUGGUAAAAGAGUCAGAUUAAGCCAAAAUCAACUUUCUUCAACAAAACAAACACGUAGGAUAAGAUCAUUUGUAAGAAAAUUAGACCAAAUUAGGAUUACGGAGUGACCCUUAUAAAUAAGAAAAUUAAGGUGACCACCACACAACUGGGAAGCAUAUGAAAAUAUCCUGGCGAUACUGGUGGGUUGAAUCAUAUUGUGUUUUCCCCACCUGAUCAUCAUCCUGAAUAGACUAUACAAAUUCACCCACAGUACAAAAUCAUUAUCCUGAGAGGAUUUCAUUCGCAGUCCAAUGUCUGCAGGCUGAAAUUUCCAGAAGCAUCACUUUUUAAUCACCUGUGGCUAGUAUUAAAAUUAAUGUCUUGCUUCCCAUUUAAAAAUCCAAAAUAUUAAACAUGGCAGAUGUAAGCUGUUUACAUUCUUCUAGACUUCCACACAGAGUAAUCGAAACAGUAUACUUUAGGCAGGAUUAUAUUUUUUUUUAAUUGCCCCAAAAAGUGUAUACAAAAUUGAUGUGGCCAUUAUUAACCUUGUGUUCUACCUCCAUAGUACCUACAUGUUGAAAAGCAGAAACUCUUUCAUUUUGAAUUACCUGUCUUUCCAAUCACUGCAGUUAGUUUAAAUGUGCACCUCUGUGACAGUUGCUAUGGAAAUAUCCUUAGAAGAGACUGCGGUUGAAGGAGACAUUUUCAACUACAAUGUAUGUGGGGAAGCCAAUACAGACACAGAACAAUGUAUGGAACGCUGGAGGCUUUGAAGGCCCUUGGGGAAGCAAUAGAAGAUAUGUGAAGCUAGAAGGAGGGGUCUGUUCAAAAGCUGGAAGGGAAAGUGUGAGGAAAUAGAAGUCAUGGAACUAUCAGAUUAUUUGAUGCCUCAUGCUGAGUCAGAUUAUUGAUUCCUCCAACUCAGUCCUGUCUUUUCUGUCUGGCAACAACUCUUCAAGAUUCUUCAAGACAACCCCUUACCCUGUUUCAUAGAUGGAGAACUUGUGACCCUUCAGAUGUUGUUUGUCUGCAAGUCUCAUCAUUGAUCAUGCUAGCUGAUGGGAGUGGAGAGUUGAACAGCACAAGUUCCCCAUCUCUACCCUAUAUCUUUUAACUGGAGAUGCCAGAGAUUGGGGCCCAAUAUAUGAAAAUCAUGCGCUCUGCCAUUGAGCUGUGGCCUCCUUCCCUGAUCUAAUCAAUGUAAUAUAAAAAAUGUUCUACUGGGUAAAGGUAAAGGGACCUCUAACUAUUAGGUCCAGUCGUGGCUAACUCUGGGGUUGCGGCGCUCAUCUUUCUUUAUUGGCCAAGAGAGCCGGCAUACAGCUUCCGGGUCAUGUGGCCAGCAUGACUAAGCCGCUUCUGGCGAACCAGAGCAGCGCAUGGAAACGCUGUUUACCUUCCCGCCGGAGCGGUACCUAUUUAUCUACUUGUACUUUGACGUGCUUUCAAACUGCUAGGUUGGCAGAAGCUGGGACCGAGCAACGGGAGCUCACCCCGUCGCAGGAAUUCAAACUGCGACCUUCUGAUGGGCAAGUCCUAGGCUCUGUGGUUUAACCCACAGCGCCACCCGCGUCCCUCUACUGGGUUACGUCAUUCUAAAUUAUGGUGGUGGGCUUCUAUCUAGUUAAAGCUUCCUUGCCUUUAAUGAACAACAACGUCUCCUUUGGUAUAAAUGUAUUCCAAAAGCUAAAGCUCAUGUAGUGAAAAACUUGUUGAAAAAUGAUUUGAAUUUUUGCUCAACCCUAAAGGGUAUGUUCAUUCAUCAUGCUUCUACAUCUCAUGACUUCACACAAGUCCAUUUAAAGACAUGCUCAAGAUUGAUAUAAAGUCAUGAAAUAACCUUGCCCCACAGCUAGACAUUGAAAAGUAUCAUCUCCCAAUCUUGCCUGGCAUCUUUGCUUGUACUUUCAAAGGUUAAAGAAAAACAAGUUUUAACUGCCAGAUUUUAAUCACUUUUCUUCAUGCUUUCGAUUAGUCCUCUCAUCUCCUGUCUUCACUCCCAUCAAGGGUAUCUAUCCUGGCAUUCAGUCUAAGAAACAGAUAUUUGGCCAUACGGAAAUAUUAAAAUGUUACGAUACAAUCAUCGUAUAGUGUGCAAGAUAAUGGUCCCAUCUUCAUUUUCUGCAGAGAGUAGGAAGCUUUGUACGUACUACCUCUACUGUUUAUUAUAACUCUUCUAAUUUGGGAAAUACUUUAUUAUCUGCAGCUUGUUUGCCCUCGUGGAAACUUUAUGAGCUUGAUCUUUGCUUCACAUCCCCUUCUGUUCUACAGAUGGAGAAGAGCAGCAGCUGAAACACAGCAACUUGCCAAAGCCCACCCACUGACUCCCCACAGAUGGGGCUGUGAAAGCUCUUUACCUGCACCAAAAAUGAGGCAAACCGAAUCGAGCCAUUGUUGUUUUUUUCAUGAUGUGCAGCAUUCAGCUAUGUUUCAUUCAGGAAUUAGUGAGCCUAACUUAAGUCACAUUCAUUACGUUUAAACAGUAAAACUUAGUUGAAUACCACCCCAUAUUUAUAUGCUGCUCAGUAUAAGAAAAAAUAUCUGGGCAGCUUGCAAUAAAAAAUGGAGGGGGGUUAAAUUGGCGGCCCAUCUAACUUAAAAACACAACCGCAGCAGUAAAUGGCCAAUGUCUUAACACGCAUUUUUUAAAUUAGUGGUUAUCCUACAUAUUUUAAUUGUUUUAUAUUUGUAUUAUUUACCGUGCUCUAGCUUACAGAGUUUAAUUUUAGCCUAUGUUCGCUAUCACUGUACAGUGGUACCUCGCAAGACGAAAAACGUGCAAGACAAAAGAGUUUUCCGUUUUUUGAGUCGUUCCGCAAGACGAAUUUCCCUAUGGGCUUGCUUCGCAAGACGAAACGUCUUGCGAGUUCUUGCGAGUUUGUUUCCUUUUUCUUAAAGCCGCUAAGCCGUUAAGCCGCUAAUAGCCGUGCUUCGCAAGACGGAAAAACCACAAGACGAAGAGACUCGCGGAACGGAUUAAUUUCGUCUUGCGAGGCACCACUGUAUAUGUCCGUAUUUCUGGUCUGUGACCAUAAUAAAUUGGUUCAUUCAUUCAACAGCAGCAAAAUAAAAUAACACAAUGACAGCCCUGCUAGCUGCCUAUGGAAAGCCCAUAUACCUAGCCUACUUUGAUUGGCAUAGGGCCAGCCCACCCAUGAAGUAAAGUAAGGCAACGGCCUCAGGCGGCAAGACCCACAGGGGCAGAAUAUCCAAGGAAUGCAUCAUCCGCAGCUGCUGACAGUGCCACAGGGACAGCAACAGUUGCGGCAUGCUACAAAUCUCUCCCUGGACAAAAUCCGUCCCUGGAAUGUCCCCGGCUUUCAUUUAAUGUCCCCGGAUUUAUAUUUUAAGUGUUGUAGAUUUAUUAGUAGGGAAUGAAUGUUGCGUGAUUGGUUCAACGGCACAAGACACAUCAUAUGGGGACUUUUGGAGAGGCAAAAUGGCGGAUGCCACGACAGAGAGCAGCCCAUGAAGCCAGCCAGAGCCAACUGCGCUACCAGGAUGGCUCUGGGCUGCUGAGACUGCUGCUGCCACUGUCACUGCCACUGCCAAGGGGGCACCAGAGAUGCCUGCAGCAUCAAGUAGGGGAACCGCUGCCCCCCCAUGACCCAAAUUGAGCCAGGAGCGAGAACACCUGGCCACCCAGCCGACUGCCCACUGGUGCUCCAGCUCUGAUGGAGGGAGAAGGAGGAGAGGAGGAGAAGGAAGAGAGAGAAAGAGGAAGGAGAAAAAAGAGGGGAGCCCCGACCUUGCCGCACCACUGAGGACGAGAGGUAGGAGAGCAAGGACACAUAGCCAAACCCAGGCUCGACCUGAGCCUACUCCAUGGUGGCUAGCGUUCCAAGAGUUCCAGAGGAAGGCCGCCCAACAGAGGAGACCACAAAAGAAAAGAUAUUACAGUGGUACCUCGGGUUAAGAACUUAAUUAGUUCCAGAGGUCCAUUCUUAACCUGAAACUGUUCUUAACCUGAAGCACCACUUUAGCUAAUGGGGCCUCCCGCUGCUGCUGCGCCGCUGGAGCAUGAUUUCUGUUCUCAUCCUGAAGCAAAGUUCUUAACCCAAGGUUCUAUUUCUGGGUUAGCGGAGUCUGUAAUCUGAUGCGUCUGUAACCUGAAGCGUCUGUAACCCAAGGUACCUCUGUACUUCUUUUUUUUUUAACUUUUUUUUUUUAAAAAAAACUUUUUUAAAAAAAAACACACACUUUUUUUCUCUUAUAUAAAAAAAGUGUCCCUGGAUUCUUUGAAGAAAAUCUGGUAACCUUAUUCUUGGAGGCCGGAUCUCCUUCCUCCUCAGCAGUUCCACCUCAUGCCACCUUUACAAUGACCUCUUGGCAAAUAGGAGGCCUUGCUGGUCCCCUCCCACCUUUGUUCCUGAUGUAGAUCUUUAUUCCGUCCCCUUAUUCCCGAUGUAGCAUUUGAAUAUUCACCUCAAGUGCCGAAAUGUCUUAGGCUGGCCCUGGCCUGCACACGUUCUUCAAGACCUCUCCCACGGUUAUCCUGCCUGAGAACGUUUAGCUAGAAGUGCCGUGUGGUCAUGAAUCAUCAUGGCUGUAUAGCACCCUCAGGAUCAGAGGCAGCAUGCCUCUGAAAUACAAAUUUCUGGGGAACAGGAGUGAGCGAAUGCGGUCAGUGCAUUUGGGGUGGUGGUAAGAUCUAUGCACUGGUUAUGUGUAGGCUGAGCAUGUGAAGUGAAAUGGCUGGAAGUGUAAACAGGGAGAUAGAUCUUUUCUUUCGUAUGUGUUGGACUCGCAAAAAAGUGAGGGUAUUUUGGGAAACUAUACAUGACCACAUAAGGGAUUAUAGAGGCAGAAAUCCACUCCAAAUGUCAAAAAAUUGCUUAUGUAUGUAAUAACAGAAACUAGGAUUCUAUAUGCGCAGAAAUGGAAGGAAGAAGAAGUUCCAACCAAAGGAGAAUGGACUAUGUAGAACUAGCAAAAUAAAUAGCAAAAUUAAGAGAAUCUAAUGUUUUAGGGAAGAAUGGAUGCCUUUUUCAGAGUAUUUAAAGAAAUAUUAUAGUAAGAUGAGCUUGCGUGCAGGACUUGAGCUAUGAGCAACAGAAGUACAGUAGUACCCCGAGUUAAGAACUAAAUUCGUUCUGGAGGUCCAUUCUUAACCUGAAACUGUUCUUAACCUGAGGUACCACUUUAGCUAAUAGGGCCUCCCGCUGCUGCUGCGCAAUUUCUGUUCUCAUCCCGAAGCAAAGUUCUUAACCCAAGGUACUAUUUCUGGGUUAGCGAAGUCUGUAACCUCAAGCAUUUGUAACCUGAAGUGUAUGUAACCCGAGGUACCACUGUAAUUAGAUUAUAAUAUAGUGGUUAUGAUUUAUGAGAUAGGGUGCAGCAGGAGGGGAGAAAGAACAACUCCAUGGAAAACAGGGUAGGAAGUCGAUGGAAAUGAGAGACAAUGUGAAAUUGUGUUUUGAUUGUAUAUGUUAAAAAGGUUGAAACUUAAUACAACAUAAUUGACCAAAAAAAUUGAAAUGCUGCACAGUGUUCCAGUUCUGUACAUUCAAAAGGCUUUCCCCGUUGCAGACUUUGUUCUCAAUGUGUGAACAGCACUGGGUGAUGCUGCCAGAGAUGUGGCAAUGUGGUUGGUGCCGGCAAUCACAAUCCUGCUGUUACCCCUGCCUGCCCCCCCCAUGUGGUGUCAAUUGCUCGAGAGAGAAAUGCCCUAAUAGAGCUAUUAUUGCAUCAGAAUUGGUCCUGGGUCUAUCAUCUCCCCUCCCCCUCCCCACAGAAGGCUAACUUCAGUUCAGGUGUGCCAACUCUAGGGGGCUGAGGUACCUUCAGCCCUCUCAAUGUUUGUUUGAAAGGUGCCUGUUAAGGGGGUACAGAGUGCAUUGCACACACGACGAUGCAUGCGUUGUAUGUCACAAGUUCAGCACCUAGCCAGGGGUGUAGCGGGGUGUGUGUGUGGUAGGUGUGGUCCGCCCCGAGGGAGGUGCCAAAAUGGUGGGCAACACUCACUGCGGGGCCUGCAGCGCGCCCGAGCCACGCGUCUCUCCUGGGAGUGACGCGGUGGCUUGAAUGCCCGCAGGCUCUGCGCUGUCCCAAACAGUCUGCCCGUUGCCUCCCCUCAGUUGUAGGGUGGCUGAGUGGGAGGAGGCAGGCAGACUCCUCAGUUGCCCCGCAGUGCCCCCAUGGGUGGGUGGCCUUGCCCCUGUGGGCGGCUGGUUCCGCCCCUGGGAGCAGGGCAGCGCCCCAGGUGCCCAAUCGGCUUGCUCUACCACUGCACCUAGCUCCGCCGGAGUGCUCUGCCUACUUCAGAUGACAUGACAUCUUGUGUGCAUGCCACACUCCGGGCCCCCUCAAUCUUGGGGGCAGCCUGCCACAUCUGCCCGAGUUGUUAUUUUCAUGAUGCAUGUUUCUUUAAUUUAAAUAGCACUCAGGCCCACUGAGGAGAGAAUACAGAAUUACAGUGAGGUCUGCAAUAUGUGAAGGCAUUUGUGUUUGCAUACCAUGUUGAACAGAUACUUAGGAAAAGUGCAAAAUAUAUAUUAGUCAAAGCAAAGACAGCCCGAAUUAAAAGUGUGAUUUGCACUAGAGAAUUGCUUAGGGCUGAAUAAAAUAAAUUAAACCUACAACCUAAUUAAACGGCAGGCUUUGGGUUUAAGCCUAUCUGAGUUCAUCCACUUCGGAUAGUCUUCGAAUAGUGGAUUAAAUCUGUUCAUUUGGACAACUGCUUCAGGAACUUGAGUUGGCAAGCAGGGUAGAAAUUUAAUAAAUCCAUGAAUAAAUUUCACCACAGUUGAGCUGUGGAAAUCACAGCUUAAAAUGCAUCACAAUUUUGACCGGACUGCUGUUGGCACUGCCUACAGCAAAUACCUUCUGGGGCCAGGUUAAGGGGUGGGUUAAGUUGAAGGAAAGUACAUCAAAACAGUCCAAGAAAUCAAGACAGUUUAGAUGUUUGCUGAUCAAAUUAAGUUCUACAGUUUGUCGGUUGUAUCAAUGAAGUUGCAAUGAGGUUGGAAAUAAGAGCAAAAUCAUAUAAGCAGCAGUAAAUGUGUGUGUGUUGCCUUUCUGCUAAACUUGCAGGUUUCCACUUACAAUCAGCGAGGAACAUUAUAGCCUCUCUAACUAGCUUAGAAGGGUCUCUCUGUUUUAGUUUGAUCUGGGGUUGUUGUUGUUGUUUUAUAUGUAGGGAGCAGGGUAUGUAGGAAAGCAUUCAGCAAUGAAAUAGUGUGGUACAGAUUGAUAUAUCUUGAGGGACUCAAGAGGUUCUUAUAACCCUCAUAUCACAGAAUCAUAGAAUUGAAGAGUUGGAAGAGACCCUGUGAAUCAUCUAGCCCAGGGGUUGGCAAAAUUUUUGUGGCUUGGGCCAUAGUGUGUGUGUGUGCGUGUGUGUGUGUGUGUGUGUGUGUGUGUGUGUAAACACUAUUUCCAGUGCUUCUUCUGGCAUGGAGGAGACGUGCGCAGCUUCCCAUUGGCUCCUGUAGCCAAUGGGAAGCCGGCCAGCGUUGCAGAAGGUGGUCCUCAGUCUGCUCCGCGCCGGUUUAGCGCAGUGCAUGGGAGCCGACUGAGCAAGCGGCAGAGGUCCAUGGGCUGGUUAAAUAGCCCCCGUUGGCCACUUGUGACCCAUGGGCCUUAGGUUGCCGACCCCUGAUCUAGCCCACCCCCUGCAAUGGAGAGAUACACAGCUGUCCCAUAGGGGGAUCAAACCUGAAACCUUGGCCUUAUCAGCACAACGCUCUAAUCAACUGAACUAUCCAUUGCUAUACACAUGAACUUCUACUUUAUCCUUGAAUGUGGGGGUUUGCUGGCUGCAAUUUUAAAAAAUAUCCUGCCAGAAAGUUCAUAGUGCAUAUUGCUGGACAAUUAUUUCCAGUGGAUUAAUUUCAGCAAGAUCUAAAGAAGAUAGGAGCUGAUAGCACUUAAUCAAAUUCAGUGUGCUGUCUGUCAGCCUGCAAAUUCCUAGCACUUCCUGAUAUCUUAGGACAUUCUUGUGCUCAUGAUGCCUUAAUUUGGAAGUCACCAGUGUGGUGCCUGUGCACCCACCAAGGCCUUCACUUGCACCCACAGGGUCCCCCUACUGAAAUUAGCUUGAAAGAAGCAUCUGUUGCAACCCACACAAACAGGUUAUGAUGUGUGAUUGGUUGCCAUGUGUGUUGCACCCAUUUGGAUUGAAAAUGUGCCCAUUGUCCUUCAAAAGUUGGGGAUCCCUGUCUAAUUGCUGUAGUUGCAUGUGUGUGAGAGAGACAGUGUGUGUGUGUGUGAGGCAUAUCUCCAUGUGUAAACUCGACAGAACAAGACCUACUUUUACCACAUCACAUGAUCUGGCAAAUUAGCUCCACUAGCCCACACUGUUGUGAAGAAUUCUGUUUUGAAGCCAUUGCAGAUUCUCUGGAUGGGUAAAAUGAGCCUAAGAGAGCUCUCGAAAAGGUCAGCGGUUGUUCUCUCAAGUAUCCUCAGGGCAGCAAAAUAGAAGUGCCCUUUCACUGUUAGUCGGGAGAAAAUAGAGGUGGACAAACUUUGAAAAAAGCAAAACAGAGCUAUAAUGGAGUCACAGCUAGGUCUGCUGCCCAUUUAUUGGCUUACUUUGGCUUGUGGUUGCAUCUGCAUAAUCAGAGUUUGUUUAUUGCAGUAUGAUGUGCAUCCCAGGGUGGGAUGUUAGGGGUGGGAUAUUACCUCUGGUGGGGGACACACCAUGAUCUUCUUGGGGUAGUUUGUCCCCCUUUGGUCCCCGCCCUGCACUCAGCAAUCACCUGAGGCACCUAGAAGCUGUCAGCAUGUGACAGCAGUCACACCCUGGGAAACAGCUUUGUCUGGCUGGCUAAACCAAGUGAGGGUGGCCCUUGUUGAGUGAAUGUGAAGACAGGCUCUGGCGGAUUGAGUGGACAAGACUGAUAGUGGGUCCAGUGGUUGAGAAGACCUCUCCUCCUCCCAGAGGAAGGGUUGUGAGCGGGAGCAGCUUCCCGCAGUGGCAGGGAGGAGUAUUCGGCUCCCUGCCUCUGAUUGCCUCUGAUUGCCUCUGCUGCCACGGCUGAGCCUUCCAGCCGGCCAAUAGGGCAGCUGCGGCAGCGCUCUGUCCCCAGUCGGUUCCUGCUUGCAUCGGAUCUCCCGCCCUCCUGCCCUUUAGGUCAGCUUCCUCUGCGUAUUGACCUUGCUAUGGACAAAGUUGGUUGCCUUGGUUGCCCAAAGGGCCUGGUAGGACUUUUUUCUCCAUUGGGCAAAUUGGCACCAGCAUCUUGGUUUUUUCACCUACCUCAUAGCAACUCGUCACAACUUCCUGGUAUUGGCGGUUAGGCCUUGGAAUGUGUGUACUGUGUUGGAGGAUUGGGUAUGGGCCAUCAUCUACCCCUCCUCUUUUGGGUAUUCCGUUAAAGGAAUCUGGCGGUCGUGGAUCCUGUCCGAUGCCCUGCUGGUGGCUAGGGCCCCCAGUGAUGUCAUGGAGAAGCUUCCAGUUGUAUUUGCAUCAACAAGCUCCUCCCACUGGUUGUUAACCCCUGAAAUGACUCCCUGCUGUGUGGGGUCAUGUAUUGCUGUUUUAUCCAAUGCCUAAGCCAAUACUACUCACAUGCUGUAACCAAUAAUGUUGUGGCCUAAUUUUGCCCAUUAACUUAAAAUAAUGUGUCUUUGUGUCUUAUUAUAAUCCUAUGCAGGUGGCGGGUCCUCGACUCACAAGGCAAUUUCUGCACGAACUGUAAAGGGAAGUGAGGAGCAGAUGGGGCUCAUCAAUCAGGGGAGAGAGGCAAUCUAGGAGAAGGAAAACUCUGAUCCUAAAUCUCCCCUGCCGUGUGGGAUGUCUUCAGGAGAAGAAAACGCUAAGGAGCAAACGCUACACAAAUCUUAGGGAGUGGAGUCCCUAAGAUGGUUGAACUUGAAGCAUGGGAAGUCCCAAUGAAAAUUUAUAAUUUGGCAGAAUAUUUGGACUAUAUGAUAUGUGUUUGUAUAAUUUGGAAUAUUUAAUGUGAUUGGAGUGGAUUGUUAAAAUGGAAAAUUUAAUAAACAACUAUUUUUUUUUAAAAAAAAAGAUGGUUGAAUGGCACCUUGUACCCCUCCAAGCUGGUACAAAACAUAUUGCUCUGCACAUACACACACACACACAUCAUUUCUCUCCAUCUUUUACCUUAGCAAUACUUUAGCAGUUUUUCAUUUUGAUAUACUGAGAGUGAGAGAGAAACCAGGAAAAAUGUUUUUAUGAUUCACCCUGGUAUUUAUGUUGUGGGAGCAAAGCAAAUGCUAAUGUGUAGAUAUGUAUUGUGUUCUAGGAAAACUGAUAUGCCACUUCAAUCUCAUAGCCCUCCCUUUCUGCUCCAGAAAUGCUUCGAAGAAAAUGUCUCCUGGAAUACUUGCUCAACGACACAUGCAGGAUAUAUUUCAACAUUUAAUGUGGAACAAUCAUUUCAUUGCUGAUUUGCCUAUUUUAUUUACAGGCACUCACCAGUGGGAUAUCAGUUUAUAUUGCCUAUUUUCACUAAGCACUACUACAGAUUGUGAAUAGCGGUGAAGUUCGCUCAGGGGACAUCUGUCUAGCCAGUUACCAGGAAUAUCAAUGUGUGUUCCUUUCUCUUCAGUAAAGACAUGUUUGUGAUUUAUGUGCCCAUUUUAAACUAGGGAUUUUAAAAGCUACACAUAACUGCAUAAUUCAGGCGAAGAGCUAAAAUAAACUCCAUAUCCACCUGAUGAAAAAUAUGUAGAGUUGAAGACCCUUAACUAUAAACUUUAAAAAGAAAGUUCAUGAUUGUGGUCCACUGUGGAGAGGGAUUAAGAUGGGAGAAAGGGCCCAUAAAAGUCAACUUGAAACUUUGGACUGAAUCCUUCUUUCCAGACUCCCUUCCUGUAUAGCCCCUGAAGAUGCCAGCACCAGCAGAAAGAUCUACUAUGGGGAUGGAGAACUUGUGGCCCUUCAGGACUACAACUCCCAUCAUCCCUGGCCUUUGGCCAAGCUGCCUUGGGCUGAUGGGAAAUAACAUACAAAGGGUUCCUCACCUUAGGUCUACUAGUUAGAGAUAGAAAAUGAAGCGGUGGUGGCUGGUGCCACUGUGAAUGAUGCAGAGGAAGCCAGGCAGACCAAAGAAUAGGUUGAGCCAGAGCCAAUCACAAGCAGAGUCAACUAAUUCUAGUUUUGUCCAUGACCUCCUCCCUGCUAAAUUCUACAAGGGAAGAACCCAUCUACACCAUGAAGAGACUGAUGUUACGUACUGAAGUUCUCACCCUGGGCCAGCAGGGGGAUACUGUAGACAGUUUUCACUCAGGUCCGCAUAUCCAGAUAAGGAAUUGAAAGUGACGUUCAGUGAUUGGAUAGUUACAGAAAGUUGUUACUGUUGCCAUGUAGUUGAGCUCUAUAUAAGCAGGUUGGCUGAUCCCUUCAGCCCUGUUCUGUUCUGGCCUGUGAAUAAACAAGAGCUGUCUGAAGAAUUGCUGUGUCGUUUGAUAUGUUCACCUACAACUUAACACAUGUCAUUGUUGUCUAAUAUUCAUAUGGAAGCCACUAGGAAAGAUCCCCAAGAAGUUCAGAGCAAAGUGUCAUAGGUGUUUUCCUAAUCCUUGUUUUCUUUCCCCAUCAACCUCAAAUCUGAGUGUCUAAGCUGUGGUUGGUUGGAUAGGAAUGGAGAGAUUUAAAAAAGAAGAAGAGUCUAAAGCAGGUGGAUGUGGUGGUGGUUGACAUUUCCCAUCAUCUGAGAUAGGCUGUAGGUCCUGUGAUGGAUGGGUCACCUGAUUCCUAAAGAGCAGACUCUUAGAAAAACAGUUGUUUUUUUUCAUUCUAAAUUUUGGUCUACUGUUCACCCUUCUUAGCAAAUUUAGUGCUGACCCUGAUAGCCUCCUUGAUAACCCAUUAUGAUUAAUAUGGUUAACCAAGGAUGCAGUGGGCAAGGCUUGUAACAUCUGUCCAUCUGGAAGUCUACCAAAGUCAACCUGAGCAUUUUCUGGAAACAAAUACUUUAUGUGUUGUUGUUUUUUGUGUGUGUGAGGGCAGGGGAACCCCCUGAAGCUUUUAGUAGCUGGGGAUAAGCCCAUGCUUUUUCUUAGAACUUUAUGUGCUAUGUUUUAAAGUGUUUUGUUUGUUACCUAUUCAUAGCCUAAGGAAUAGGUGGGUGGGAGAGGGAAGGAAGGAAUAAAUAAUAGGUAGAUGGUUGGCUGUGCGAAAAGGAAACUCAUUUCGGUCUGGAAAGCCCCAGAUUUACAUAUAGUUCACAUAGCCGUAGAGAAGCUAAAUGAAUUUGUGAGGUUUAGAAAGUUAAUAGAGGGGAUGCUUGCAGAGCUGUUGGUAUAAAGUCUGUCACUUGCUUCUUAAUCCACAGAAGCAAGUGAUUACAGAUUCCUAUUCCAUGCACAUUGCCUCAGCUUUAUCUGCACAGGCCUAUCGUCUCAGCCAAGGUGUUUAAUAGCGGAUAUGGUUAUAAAGGUCUGUUGAGUCAGGGGGAAUCAGUGUGCUCAAAGCAAACGUGGAUCAGGUUUGCUGAGUUUUUAUCUGCUUUAAUAUUUAAAAAUUAAAAUGAUGCUCAUUAUAUGCAGCACUACAUGCAAGUGGGUGCAUAUUAAAAUGCACAUGCAAAGCAGCCUCAAUUCUCUUAGGCAUUUCCAUUUUAAAACUACAUUGUUGUCAUUAUGAAGCUUCCAGUUCAAUCAGCCUUCACUUCAUGAAGCCGUUCUUGACUAAUAAAUAUGCAAAACAUCUCAUAGUCUUGCUCUAAGCUUGUGUGAGAAUUCUCAUUAUAUACAAAGGGACAUGCACUCACCCGGGGGGGGGGGGUUACCCAGCUACUAGUGAACUAACCUAUCAGCUAGAGGCAAAAAAUGUGGUGCACACGGAGUCAGAAACAUAUUGCUUACUACUACUACUACUACUAAUAAAAAAUAAUAAUAAUUUAUACCCUGCCCUUCCUGGUUCAGGGACACAGGUGGCACUGUGGGUUAAACCACAGAGCCUAGGACUUGCCAAUCAGAAGGUCGGUGGUUCGAAUCCCCGCGACGGGGUGAGCUCCCGUUGCUCGGUCCCUGCUCCUGCCAACCUAGCAGUUCCAAAGCACGUCAAAGUGCAAGUAGAUAAAUAGGUACCACUCCGGUGGGAAGGUAAACGGCGUUUCCGUGCGCUGCUCUGGUUUGCCAGAAGUGGCUUAGUCAUGCUGGCCACAUGACCUGGCAGCUGUACGCCGGCUCCCUCGGCCAAUAAAGCGAGAUGAGCGCCACAACCCCAGAGUCGGCCACGACUGGACCUAAUGGUCAGGGGUCCCUUUACCUUUACCUUUAUUUCCUGGUUCAAAAACCGGGCUCAGGAUGGCUAACAACAAAUUUAAAACACUUUAAAACACUUAAUUAUAAAAGCAGCAUAAAAUACAGUAUAAAACAUGAAUAACAAUAAAAUUCAAAAUUCAUAAAUCAAUUAGAUAAUCCCCAGGGCUAGCUGGUUGAAUUGGUCCUACUUGGGCCAGGGGAGAAUUAGCUGUGGGGUCUCAGAGCACGUGAUCUUCAUAAAAGGGGAGGGGGAAGGAAGAGAAGGGAAAUAAAAGAUCAGUCUGAAUUCAAAUUAAAGGUCAGGCUGAAUAGCUCUGUCUUACAGGCCCAACGGAAGGAGGCUGAAUCCUGAAGGGCCCUAGUCUCAUGGGACAGAGCAUUCUACCAGGCAUCACUGAAAAGGCCCUGGCCCUGGUGGAGGAUAGUCUGAGAUUUAGUCAGAUGACACUUCAUCACAGUCUACAAGUCAAUACUACAUAAUAGUAGUCAAUAGCAUCAGGUGGUUGACUGACUAAUUCAAGCAGCCACAUGGAGGGUGAAUUUGGAAGAACAGUAAUUAGCCUAGAAAGGUACCCUACAAGACUAUUCAAGAAAGCUUGAAGUCAAUGAAUAAGACAUUGGAGUUGAUCUAAUUGUCUCAGCCUCCUCUCGGAUGCGCAAGUUUUCCAAAGGCAGGCAAGUUUGUUUGGUUUUUUAAAUGGGAGAAAGCAUGCCAAUUUUGCACAUUUGAAUUGGCCCGUAUCUCCAUAUGGCUCCAUCCACUGUGCUGCCUUGACCCCUGCUUCUGAUUUUGAGUGCCAUUAAAUCCAGUGGUUAAAGGUUUGCUCAAAGGCAAGGCCUUCAUCAGCUCAUUUGCUUCAGCAAAAACCAUUCAUCAUUUCCUCCUCACAAAAGCCCAUUGUCCCAUGGCUGCUGUUUUCAUUCAGCUGCUCUCAUUUUCUACUCAAAUCUGCUCUUGUUCGAUCAAAAUAAUGAGCAUCCAGUUAUCCCACUCAUCUGCUCAUUGCCACUAGGAGAGAUUAUCCUAGGAGGAAGUCUUUGGGGACCCAUAGUCCUGAGGGGAGAAUCGUACAAAUGAAAUGGCCAAGAGAUUUGAAGACUGUAGGCUUCAGAUAAGCACACACUACAUGCGAGGGUUGAGAUACAUUUUCUUUCUCUUUUCCCUCAGGGGAACAUCACCCUGGCUCAAAGCCCGGGAUACGUUGUUAGACUUUUGUGAGGCUUUCAUUGCCAACUCACCAUGAAAAUGAGCUGAGGAGGCACCUGUUUUCACCACUCUGCCCGUGUUGCGCAGUGUUCAGCAGGGUGGGCCAUCCAGGUUCCAGAAAUAUCAUAUUGUAUUUCUCUGAGCCAGAUGGCAAUGUGAGAUGGUUGGUUAGAUGCCCCUCUCACUCUGAGUGCCUCACAGUGCUUGCCUUCAUCUGAGUUUGUAUUUUCCAAUAAGGAAACAGAUCUUUUGGUGAAAUCUCUAGUUGGGUAACAGGACUUAAGAAAAACUCGGUGAAUUCCUUACCCUGUUCUCUGCCACCAUCAGUCCCAAAAUACAUAUUUAAAUUAGCAAAUGAGCAUCUUGAUACUUCAAAACUGCAUUGCAACAUUCAAAGAAGUGCAAAAUUUGUUGGCUAACUCAGGUUCCAAUCUGUACAGUAGUCUGAGAAGUGCAGAUAAGAUCAUUUUGAAUCGGGAUUUGAAAAGACUUAGCACUUUGAUCCCCGAGGUGAAAGAAAAAUUCAAACGCACUGCCCCUGGCAGUGAAAAAUAUAAUAAAUUAAAUAACUGUUUUGUGCAGUGCUUUAAAAAAUAAUAAUAGUUUGAACAUCUGGAAGGACUUUACAUCAAGUCAGAUAUAAAAAGUGAAAGGGCCAUACUUUAUACCCCAUUGAAUGUUUUUGCCUGGCUGAAUUAUCCUUGAUUGCCUUUUGGUUGCCUGCCUGGUGAGUAGAGAUACAUGUGGGCACAUGUAGAAAUGAACCUACUAUAAAAAGGUGGCGCUGUGGUCAAACCACUGAGCCUCUUGGACUUGCUGAUCAGAAGGUUGGUGAGCUCCCGUUGCUCUGUCCCAGCUCCUGCCAACCUAGCAGUUCGAAAGCAUGCCAGUUCAAGUAGAUAAAUAGGUACCACUGUGGCGAGAAGGUAACCGGCAUUUCCGUGUGCUCUGGUUUCCAUCACAGUGUUCUGUUGCUCCAAAAGCAGUUUAGUCAUGUUGGCUACAUGACCCGGAAAGCUGUCUGUGGACAAACACUGGCUCCCUCGACCUGAAAGCGAGAUGAGUGCCUCAACCCCAUAGUCCAGGGGUCCUUUACCUUAACCUUUUCUUUUACUAAACAAAAGUAAAAUUCACACUUGUUCCUUCCCCCACAUUUGCCUUCUGGCGGUUCCCUCACUGCAAGAAGCCAAGUUACAGGGAACCAGGCAGAGGGCCUUCUUGGUAGUGGCACCCACCCUGUGGAAUGUCCUCCCACCAGAUGUCAAAGAGAAAAACAACUACCAGACUUUUAGGAGUCAUCUGAAGGCAGCCCUGUUUAGGGAAGCUUUUAAUGUUUGACGGACUAUUGUAUUUUAAUAUUUUGUUGGAAGCCACCCAGAGUGGCUGGGGAAACCCUGCCAGAUGGGCAGGGUAUAACUAAUAAAUUAUUAUUAUUGCCUCUGAACCCACUAACCACUGGCAGGUUGCCCUGAUGGAAAUGGCUGUUUACCUGAUCACAGGGUGGGUGGCUGUUGUGACCAGUUGUACCAGCCUCCUCCCCCUUGAGAGCAACAUCAAGGUGAAACAUGGAAGAAUUUCCAGGCUGGCUGGGGGCUUUCCCGCCAUAGCCUUAUUUGACUCCUGGCCAAUCUCGCCAGGCCAGGUGAGAAGGGUGUGGGGCCCUAUAAAGGCUGGCUGCAACUGACCCCAUGGGCCAUGGAGCUUCCUUCAGUGGCUUGGGAGGGUCAUAUGUGUAGACCUGUGGCUUGUGGAUGAGUGGUUAAUCCUGGUUUUGACCCUGCCCUCCACCAGGGAGGCUGUGAAGGAUAUACACCCAGUGCCUAAGCAAAGUCCAACCUACAUACGGACUCAAUAAAGUUGUGGUCAAUUUUUAAAUCCCAGAACAUUGUCUUGUCCAGUCUGUUCACUCUCUUGGCUCAGGCCUUGCUUCCUGGGAGGGUGGAGUCACUGCGAGUGUGGCCCUUUGCCUGAGAAAGAUCCCCUGCCUCUGAUCUAAGGAGCUCUCUCAAAAUAAACAAAUGAGUCCCACAAGGUUCUUGCCCUUUAUGUGCCGCUGGUUAAUGGUCAGUGGCUGUCUGUUGCAGCGUUUGUUUGCGUGGACAGGCGGAGUCCCCAGAUCCCGAGCGGUCCCCCCCGUCAUGUGGAAUAAUGACUCAAGACAACGUGCUAAGGGAUUAAAUUGGCCACAACUUUAUUAAAUUUCAAAUGUGGGUAGACCUUGGCUCAGGCAUUGGGCGUUCUCCCUCCCCAGUCCCCAGCCGGGGACCUAGGGAGCAUCAGGGUUAUCCAGUGUGUGUGGGGGGGAUGGGCCAGCUCUGGAGAACAUAUGUUCAAGCAGAGAUAGCCGCCCUUGUUACGACGCCGCCGCAGGGGAGAACAAUGACGACCUUUUGGCGUACGGUCAAAGCCUCCCUUCAGAAACCCCUUUAACAGGGAACCCUGGUAUCGCCGCCGCAAAGAGGAAGAUGGACUAAAGGAUUCCGCCCAAGGCCUGAUACCGCCAAAGUUGUGACAUUUUGCUACGGGAAAGGCGAAACCUGCCAAUGCAGGGAAAUUCCUUUCCGGCCCUUUAACAGCGACCUUAACAUAGCAGCGCCCGCAUACCGGUGAAGAAAAGUUACCUGUAAAACCAGUGAAGAAAAGUUAACCUGCAAAGAAGACAUUAACCGAGGGUGGGCAGGGUGGGAGAAGCUCUGGAGCCAAGUGAGGAUUCCCAGGUAAGAUCCUCUCUCUAUUGUGUGGGCAGGUAAUCCCUCCCCUACCUGGCCUGGUCUCCUUGGCAACGCUUCCCCCAGGUGGGAUUGGACAACUGACUGAGGUAGGCGGAGACCUCCAGGUAUCCCACCUGAGGGAAGGCAAAGCCAAGCCUAUGCUGAUGGGGCCGCUCCAGAUCUAGGGGCUGCGCGCGUCCACGCAAAGGGCGCCCCCCGUUUUAAGCGGGGAGCGGUCAUUCCUUCCUAAAUCCGGGUUGUUGUUGGUGAGCAUUGCUUUUCAAAAAUGCUGCCAUUGCCUCUCUGUUUAUUGGCUCCAGGCUGUGUAUGUCGACGCUGAACGUUAACAGCGAUUCCAAGCUGCACUUGGUGACUUUUGUAAAAUGUCACUGCACUUUGCUUCCUCGCCACUGCCGCAGCAACCGAGCGAGUGAACACGGCAUGGCUAAUUUGUGGUACAUGGUAGCAAUUACUCCAGUGAUAAACAGGGCUGCACGUGCCACUUCAGAUAAGACCUGAAUUAGCCUGAAUCUAAACCCUUUGGACAUCCAUCAAUCCAGAGGGCUAGAGGUGCUUGGCAAGCGAGCCUAGGCUAUUUGGUGUUCUCUGCUAAGGCAAAAAAUGAGUGUUUUGCAAGACUAAACUGCAGCUGCAUGGUACCCUGUUUGCUGUUACCUUGAAAUUCAUAGGAGGGAUGCAUAGUGCCAAAAUCCAGGAUUAGUAAAGGUUAGCAUCUCAUUUGAGAUUAUUUAUGAGAACCUCUAGUUCCGUUUCAGACCAAACCUGGCUGAGUCUUCAGAGCUCUGAAAACAGAUUAAGGGCUUGCUUGGGAUCAGCCCAGGCUGAGACUGUGGAUGGCUGCUUCCUAGUCUAGAGUACCAGACCAUACACUUUAUAGAGCAGUGCUCCUGAAAUCAGCAGCCAAAGCUGAGAGCAGAAAGCAGAAAUUACUGCUCUUUGGCACAGGUGAAGGCAGAAGGCUAGACUCAUUCUGUCUGAAAUCUGAACCCAGAAGUUUCAAACUGUUUAGCAAUCUCUGACAUCCCCAUUCCCUCUGAGGUCUAAAGAAUAUACUAGUAGCAGCUCACUAGGAAAGGCCUCAGUCUCUGACUCUCUCGUCCCUUACCUGCGCUGAUGUACCAGGGGUUUUAAACUCCUGAUCAGACCAUGGCCUUGCCAAUGGUUCUGUGUGCCACCCUCCAUCUGAGAUGAUUUGGCUUCUGCCAUUAAGGUAGCAUGGCAUCUCUCUGGCUCCACAAUCCAUCUCCAGAUUGUAAAAGGAGUUAUGGAUUGUGGAAUCAGGAAGGUCCAUCCUCUCAAAUUCAAAUGUACACAGUACAGCCCAGUCCACUGGUUACUUCUACUGAAUGGUAGUGGAAGGGGCAUGAAAUGCAUAUGAGAGACUGAGACUGAAAUCCUCUACAAAAAGGAUGGGCAACCUGUGGUCCACCACAUUUUGUGGACUACAACUCCCUUCAUCCCUGACCAUGUCUGGAGUCUUGAGGGCCACAAAUUUCCCAUUGCAGCUAUUCACACUUAGCAGGGACUCUGUGAGUAGGUCCCAUUCACAGUUCAGUAGCACUGACUUCUGAGUAGACACACAUAGGAUUGUGCUGAGAGACUGUUUAUUACUUGGCUGAGAUUUCCUUGUGGAGUGACAUCAGAGCUAUCAUAAUAUUCCUAUUGACGAUGAUAAUGAUGGUUUUGGCACAUAUUGCGCUAUACCCAAAGUUGCAGAGAAGUGCCGUAUUGACCUUUUCUACAACGGCUUUGAAAGAUGGAUUUAGUUUACUCCCUACAGAGAGGGUGGGAAACCAAUUCUUUAAUACCUCAAGAGUUAUCUUGUCACUCCCUCCUAAUAAACGCUCACUUAAAUGUAUCCUGUUUGAGAAGCUAAUAAUGAAAAGCACUCACGAUAAUUUAUACUGAUAGGUUGCACUUAUGUGUGAGUCAGAACCUGCAUCAAAUCUGCUCUGUGGAUUCCAUAGACAAAAUGAGUGCUCAGCGUUGCCUAAAUGACAUUUGAAUAGAGCCAAGAUUGUUAAUUUAACAGAGGAGUCCAACAGGAUCAUAAAGCAGAAACAACAAAUGACGGCCCAUUUGACUAAACCUGAUGUUUGCCAUGGAACUAACAACCUGGAUUGGUCCAUUAUGAUGUCUCUUAUCCCCUUCUCUCCUGUUCAGCUAGCUAUAUUCCCACAACCAUGUUUAGUUCUAUGGAGGACACUCAAAAGCUUAAACUAACCUCUGCAGAAAAACACUAUGCUUUUAAGAUGAAAGGAAUGAUACCCAGAAGACAGACAACCUCAAGUCAUUCAAGCAGAUGAACAAGCAAGCACAGGAAAAUAAACACAGACUAGUUUCAAAGGAAACAAAAGUUGGAGACUAAAGGUAAACUCAGAAGAAACUUUUAAAAAAGAAAACAGUGUGACAAAAAGAGAAACCAAUUGGAAAUAUUUUUGGAAUAACAGUGGAUGAAAAUAGGAAAAGGUGAGUUUUAGAUAAGAAAAGUAUCCACAUAAUGAUUCAGCCAUGCUUCAUAUUCUCAGAGUUUAAUAGGCUUGAAAGAAAGAGAAAGACUUGAAUACCUGAUUGACAUUUGGAUGGACAUUUUAUUUUGGGUCAGAUCCAAAGUGGAGUUGCAUUUUGCUUCAGUUUCUGAAGGCUUGUAUGUCUUCUCCAUAGACUAUAAUGGGAAGAUCAACAAGUGCCUAUGAUGAGUUUUGGGUUGUUGUUGUUGUUGUUGUUGUUGUUCUUGUCGUCAUCAUCAUCAUCAUCAUUUACUGAAUUUAUAUACCACCCUAUACCCAGAAGUCUCAGGGUGGUUAGGAUAAAAUGAUCACAGUAUAUAAAAUAAAAAUAAAAGCAAUAACCCAAUAAUACCCCCCCCCCAAGAGCCACAUUUUAAAAGGGUAUGGGAUGGGUUUGGGGGUUGUUGUCGUUUGGUAUUUUGGCAGAACUAGAUGACAUUCAUAGCAUCAAAGUUCCUUUAGAUAAGUCCUGGAUUUAUGGAGUUAUAAAAAAUUGAAGCUUCAAAAAUACUUUGCUUUUCUCAAUUCACAUUAAAAUAACAAGAAAUUAAAAUCACCGUCAGUAGUGGUCUGGUGAAGGAAGCAAUACAAACCCCACUUAGUAAAACAUUUUUCUUUUUCAACUGAUGUGAUUUGAAGUUACAAAUUUAGCAUCAUAUCUAGUUUGGCUCUGGCAAAAGAAAGCGACCAUUAAAACACACAAACACAAAAUCCAAGAAUAAAUGUCAACAGAGGAAUGCCAUUGUUAAGUUGUGGGUGAACAUAUCAGACGACACAGCGAUUCUUCAAACAGCUCUUGUUUAUUCACAGGCCAGAACAGAACUGAACUGAACUGAAGGGUUCAGGCAGCCUGCUUAUAUAGAGCUCCACUACAAUGCAACAGUAACCAUUUUCUGUAACUAUCCAAUCACUGAACGUCACUUUCAAUCCCUUAUUUGAAUAUGUGGACCUGAGUGAAAACUAUCUACAGUAUCCCCCUGCUGGCCCAGGGUGAGAACUUCAGUACAUAACAGCCAUGGUUAUGUGUGCCUCAGCUGCUUGCUCCCAUUCAUGCCACAACAUACAAUCAAUAAAAGUGAAUGGCUGAGGUGCACAAUCAAGGAAGAAUUUGGCCCAAGCUGCUGCUGCUGUUGCCACCAGGAAGGAGGCUGUCAAAUAUCUCUCCGCUUGUGUCUUGGUGCACAGAGGAAGGAGUCAGUGGCUCCCCACUUAGCUCUUGCUCAAUUUUUUUGAAAAUGAGCUUAUGGGGCACGGGGGGCAGGCACGAUAUUGCUAGCCAGGCCUCAAUAACCCUCUGCCUAGAUAAAUUUUCCAGUAUUUGGAAAGGAAUAUGCCACCCCCACCCCCCACUUACGAACAAGUCCUACUGAAACAGAACUUACGCAUUGAUUUCAUUAGUUAUAACACAUUUCCAUGUCCUUUUAAAGGAAUCGUCAGCAAGGCAUUCGCCUCAAUCUCGCCUGCGCUGUAAUGUAAGGCAGCCUGGUGUACGAUCUCUCUGCCCGUACUAAGACAUCCUUUGCACGUCCUCUGAUGUUCCUACGUUCCCCAAAGGAUAUUGUUUUCUUAAUAGCGUAUCAAAAAAGAAAUCAUGCAGUUAAAACCUUUACUGAAAGUUGGGCAGCAAAUUCAAAACCAUUUUCAUCAGCCUUUACAUAAACUUUAAAACACAAGCACACAUUCUCUUAGGUCACUGUGGAGAGCAGUGGAACCACCUCCUUAUAUUUUUAAUUGCUCUCCGAGUAUUCUUUGAUAAAGCAGACUUGCAUUAAUACACAGGACUGCAGGAGACACUGUACAAAAUCAGCAACAACUUUGGAUCAAAUAUUUAUUAGAUGGUGGAUGCAGCAAGAAUCUACUGAGAGGUGUGCUCCCAGAGAGCAUAUUUUAGCUCUAGGCUUGAGAAACUCUUAACUACCAUGGUGGUUUAUUUGAAACGGUAGGUUUUGCAAGGUUAGGUUGCUGAGCUGUUACACAAUCACAUUCAAUUAAGCAGCUGGAAUUGUAUUAUCCAAGCACUUGGGACAUACAUGCGAGCAACUAUUUUUGUUUUUUAAGGAUAAAGGUUUAAUAAAGCCACUAACAGAGAGCCUAUGAAAUUGCAAGCUGUGAUGGCAUAAUCUCCAUGGGAAGAGGUGCCUUUGAAAUGAUAAAACAAACAGCUUUCCCCAUUCCAUUUUCUACAACUGGGUCACGAAAGGACACUGUAUCUCUGUUGCCAGGCAAAGAAAAGAGCCCUAAGACAUAAGGUUUGCCCACCUUCCCCAUUCCUGAUAUUGAAAACUGAAUGUGUGUGUUUGUGUGCUUUAAAAAAAAUCAAAACAUCAUCAUAUUACAUAUACAAGUCACAUCUGACUUGACAAAAUGUUCGAAUCCAAAUGGGUAUCAAUCAAAUCUUUAUGCCCACCAUACCCAAUUGGUUAUGUGUAACAACUCAUGAAUGAAAACAUAACAAGGGUGUGUCUGUAUUACUUACACCAUGGGUAGGCAAGCUAAGGCCCAGGGGCCAAAUCCGGCCCAAUCAUUUUCUCAAUCCGGCCCAUGGACGUGUUUUUACAUGAGUAGAAUGUGUCCUUUUAUUUAAAAUGCAUCUCUGGGUUAUUUGUGGGGCAUAGGAAUUUGUUCAUUUUUUUCCCCAAAAAAUAGUCCGGCCCCCCACAAGGUCUGAGGGACAGUGGACCGGCCCCCUGCUGAAAAGGUUUGCUGGCCCCUGACUUACACUAAUCAAUUAAUAAGUUUUAUAGCCAGUCCUCAGUGAAUCCAUGCCAUAGACAGAGGUAUUGAAUGCCUCAAUUAAAGCCUCUGUCCUAUUAUGUGUGUCACGUACAGUUCAAAUGUCAAGUCAUAAGGAAAAGUAAUAAUGACUAAGAAGUCCUUAGAAUCUUACAUAUUAUUGAAUAUGAAAGACCUCUAAAUUUUGACUUAUAAAUAUUAGGGCAGCCUACUUUUCCCAUUCUCAAUGAUAAUUAGAAAUUGUUUUUUUCUCUCUCAUUGGACCACAUGUUUUCCCCCAGAAACAUGCUAGGCUGUUUCCUUCCUGUGACCAGUGGAUGGCACCAUAUAAUUCUGGAAUUUAAUAACUGUUUUUUCACAUUACUAGAGAUUUGGUAAAAAUGAUAGGAUGCUUUUAAACCUCUAAUUGGCGUCUUUUCCCUAGGUAUUUUUGUAAAAACCAAUGCUACAGUAAAGUAUUCAAAACCUAUACUGUGUUUACACUCAAUGUUAUGAUAGUUUGGUGUUAAAACUGUUGGCCUACAGAUUAUUGAUUUUGCUUUAUUACCCACCAAUGAAAGCAGAAUCAGGCCAAUAUUUCCUGAAAUAAUUAAGGCGGAAUACAAUAAAAUCCACUUCAGAAAUCACUUCUUGACUGAUGAGAUACAAUACUGCCCUUUUUAUUGCAAAAAAAGAAGUUUCUUUUACUGCAGAAUUUCUGUAAAUACUACAAUAUGCUUUGUCUCAAAGAAGAUUAAACUUGUAAGUAAAUAUGUUCAUUUGAGAUGUCGUUUUUCACUGUCUAUACAAGUUUCAAAAAUCAUUUUAAUCCAAAUUCUCAGCUUCUCCCACAAUAACAGCCAAGUGAUAGAUAGCAGUGAGUGAAAGAAAGUUCUUAUUACUCAUCCAAACUGAAAAUGCGGUUGAGUCAACUUGCCAAUGACUUUCAAACUAAGUUGGAGCCAAAUAUCUGCCACUAUAGCCCCCUUUGGUCUUAAAUAUUGCUCUCUCUUCCUCCCUAUGAAACCCAUCCACAUUUUGAUGGCUGUAUGAGUAUACAGCCUUGCUCCUCUGUGACAGGAAGGAAAAGUGUGAUCCACCAGGUGGAUCUACAACCUCUGACAGAAAAUAGACAUCCACAGUUAGUUAAUGGAGUAUGUUGUUGUCGUUUAGUCGUGUCCGACUUUGUGACCCCACGGACCAGAGCAUGCCAGGCACUCCUGUCUUCCACUGCCUCCCGCAGUUUGGUCAAACUCAUGCUGGUAGCUUUGAGAACUCUGUCCAACCAUCUCGUCCUCUGUCGUCGCUUUCUCCUUGUGCCCUCCAUCUUUCCGAAUAUCAGGGUCUUUUCUAGGGAGUCUUCUCAUCUCAUGAGGUGGCCAAAUCAUUGGAGCCUCAGCUUCAGGAUCUGCCCUUCCAGUGAGCACUUAGGACUGAUUUCCUUAAGAAUGGAGAGGUUUGAUCUUCUUGCAGUCCAUGGGACUCUCAAGAGUCUCCUCCAGCACCAUAAUUCAAAAGCAUCAAUUCUUCGGCAAUCAGCCUUCUUUAUGGUCCAGCUCUCACUUCCAUACAUCACUACUGGGAAAACCAUAGCUUUAACUAUAUGGACCUUUGUGGGCAAGGUGAUGUCUCUGCUUUUUAAGAUGCUGUCUAGGUUGUCAUUGUCACUGCCUUGCUGUGGCGAAGGGGCUUGAAUAACUCAGAGAAGCUAUGAGCUAAGCCGUGCAGGGCCACCCAAGAUGGACAGGUCAUAGUGGAGAGUUUUGACCAAACGUGAGCCACCUGGAGCAGAAACCGGCAAGCCACUCCAGUAUCCCUGCCAAGAAAACUCCAUGGACAAAGACAACAGGCAUAUAAUGGUAGGUAGGUAGACAACAUCUUGCUGGGAAUGGUGCUGUAAACAUUGGCUGUCUGGGACUGCAUCUUCUAGAGUGGAGAAGACAUGGGCUGAAUCUACACAUAUAUUUUUAAAAAUUGCUCUGAAAAUGCUUUUUUAAAAAAUGUUUUAAAAUAUAUAUUGAAUUUGCCAUUAGCUCACCAUCACCAUCUAGUGUCACAUUUGUAUAAUGGACUUAAAACGCACUUAAAACAUUCUAUUUGCAGCUGCAUAGCAGAAUGCUCUGCGAGUGCAGCUUUCUCCCGAUUGAAGUGCAGAGUGUUUGAGGACUGGGACAUUCGCAGCGAAACCAAAAUACUUGUAAUAUAAUAAUAAUAAUAAUAAUAAUAAUAAUAAUAAUAAUUUAUUAUUUCUACUCUGCCUAUCUGGCUGCGUUUCCCUAGUCACUCUGGGCGGAUUUCAACAGAAUACUAAAAACAGAAUAAAACUUCAAAUAUUAAAAACUUCCCUAAACAGGGCUGCCUUCAGGUGUCUUCUAAAAGUCAGUGUUGAAGCAACAUCAACUUCAUUGGACUAGUCAUGUUGUUCAGAUGCCUGAUUAUCAUCUUCCAAAGCAACAACUCUAUUCCGAACUUAAAAAUGGAAAGCGUAAUGCUGGUGGUCAACAAAAGAGGUUUAAGUACUCUCUCAAGGGAAAUCUAAAAAAAAACGUAGUAUAAACACUGACAAUUGGGAAACAGUGGCCUUCAAGUACUCCAAUUGGAGAACAGCCUUUACCAAAAGUGUCAUGGGCUUUGGAGAUGCUCAAACUCAAGACGAAAGGGAGAAACAUGCUAAGAGGAAGACACGUUUGGCAAACCCUCACUGUGAUCAACUCCUGCCCAGAAAACUAUGCCCCCACUGUGGAAGGAGAUGUGGAUCCAGAAUUGGCCUCCACAGUCACUUAUGGACUCACUGUUAAGACCAUGUUUGGAAGACAAUCUGACUCGGCUACAAGUAAUUGCCAGAGAAGAAGAGUCCAUGGUGGAGUUUCUCUAUCCUUCAUCCUGCCUCUUGAGGUUCAAAACACAAGCAGUACAUAGCAUCCAACUUUAAUUCAAAUGUAAGAUUAAUGGUGACUCACAUUUCCAUUUUAACUUUUUCCUUCAAACUUAGUCAGUUUCUACCUAUCAUCUCCAACAGGGAUGGGGAAUAGGUGCUCUUCCAGAGGCUGUCAGAUGGCAACUCCCAUCCUCCCUGACCAUCACUGAUUUGGAGGGUCACAGGCAUUGUCGAUCGAUAGUAUUUUCAGUGCUGUAUCAUUCCAAUGAAAUACUGACCUACAAGAAGAGAGGUAUAAUGGUUUAAAUUGACACAGAAAUGAAAAAUGACUGAAGGUAUAUUACAGAAGGUUCGACCUGGGUUUUUUUCCAUGGGGCUGUAUUAAAACCAAGGAGAGCUCUUGCUAAGUUAAUGAUUAACUAACUGAUUGUUGCUCUCUGGUAGCUAACAUGUGAGUGUUGUAACCUUAUAUUGUGUGAUAAAGAUACUGAGUUGCAAAUCUCCAUUUUGAAGGGAGUUUCCUUUGCAUCUUUUCUCCCAAACUCAAUGGAGUAUGUAAGAAGUAUGAAGUAUGAAGAUGUAAAAGAAGCUCUCCUGAAGGGAGAAUAAACUGUAUGGAGGCUGGAAUGCAGGCUCUGGAGAGAAAGGGACCUUUACUUUUAGGCCUGUUUGGUUUAUUUCAUAUUUUGUAAGAUGGUGAGCCUGUGCUGGACACCACAAUACAUUGUCUGGAUAUUUUGGACAUAUCAUUUGAUGCAUUCUGUUUUAUUUUAAAGAGUUCUGCCAGUAAAUGUUUGAAUAAUAUUUUUAUGGGUCUGGACAAUGAUUUAUUCCAAAAGGAGUCAGUUCUUAUGCUUCCACUCACUUCAAACUGCAUGAUACCAAUAUCUGCAACAGAAAAGAACUCUGUUAUUGUUCAGGGCAAUUGAACACAAAUAUUCCAAGUGGUUCAACUCCUAAAAACAUUAGGCCCCAAAUGAGAAAAGACAGCGGGACACAUUUCAAAUGUCAUUCUCAUUUUUCAGAUUUGGUUGUUUCUUCAGUAAUGAAAACAGAUUAAAAGAAUUAUCUCCAAUUAGGCAGUAUAUAAUGCAUCCUUCCUUUACAUAUACAUGCACACCUAAAGUGAAGAGUGUCUGUAUUUAUGCAAGAGAGCAGCAGGAAAGCCCCUACUUCAAAUCUUAUCUUUGCUAUAACAUCACUAGGCAUCCUUUCAAGAGUCACUAUGCUCUAAAUCUUAAAGUAAUAUUGCGGAUUACUGGGGAUUACUAGAAGCCUGCUUGAGGUGGGAGUGGGGGAAAGUCUGAUAUUUCCAAAUUCAGUCCAUAUCCGCCUUCCACCUCACUUCUGACCAUUGGUUCUUUUUCUCUCAUCUUUUUAGGCUCCCAGGUUGCUGCAAUGACCUGGCCCUUCUGAUAGUCAAGAGUACAUUGCUUUAGAUUCAUAGGUUCUAUGCUGCCCUGGAUGCCAUACUCAUUGCCUUCCCAAAGGCAGCUGUCUAGCCACUGGAUGCUGCACUAAAUAAACCCUCAGCCUGAUGCAGCCUGGUUCUUUCUUCAUACCCUCCAACAUUUCUCCCAUGAAAAUGGGUAUGUCCUAUCCUGCAUUACUAUUAUUAUUUCUCAAAUAUCCUUUAUUAGGCAUAGCAAACCACACAUUAUCAAACAAACACCGUAUACAAAUUGUGCAAAAUACAAGCGCAACAUAACAAGGCUUGUCCCAGUCAGAUCUUUAAUUCCAGAGGAAAUCAAUUUGCAUAAAUAAUACAAUACAACCACUAAAUCUCUUUAUAAUGGCCCAGUCUUUCUACAUGGACAGCACUCAAGAAUUAAGCUACUAUUUAAGUAAUUUGAUUAUUACUGUCCGAAAGCAGGUCCUGAACCGUUGGUAGUGUAGAAAUCAGUCUGUUGAGUUGUAAGGCCUCUAAUAAUUGUCUUCUGGCAUAAAUGCCAAAAUCACAAGAAAAGAAAAUAUGCUGCUGCUGUUGGUAAUAUAUCCCGCUUGGACUACUGCAAUGUGUUCUACGUGGGGCUACGUGAAUGGGAAAGGCUGCUGGGACCAUAUAACACCAGUUAAAGGAUCUACAUUGGUUCCUGGUACAUUUCCAAGCACAGUUCAAAGCAUUGGCACUGACCUUUAAAGCCCAAACAGCUUUCGCCCUGGAUACCUGAAGGAGUGUCUGCACUCUUCUCAUUCAGCCCAGACACUGAGAUCUAGCCCAAGGGCCUUCUGGCGGUUCCCUCACUGUGAGAAGCAAGAUUACAGGGAACCUGGCACAAGGCCUUCUCAACAGUGGUGCCCACCCUCCCAUCAGAUGUCAAGGAAAUAAACAAAGUCUUCUGACUUUCAGAAGACAUCUGAAGGCAGCCCUGUUCGGGAAAGUUUUUCUUUUUUCAUUUAAAAAUAAUUUAUUGGUCACAGCAUAUAUUUCAAACAUUCUCAUAAUCUUAAAAACCAUAAAAUAAAAUAUCACAUGCUCCAAUCUCAUUAAAAGGAAGGAAUACAUUAUAUUUGCAACAAUUUGAAAGGUUGAAAUAUAUACUUCAAGUAUUCCAAACUCAGGAAAGUUUUUAACGUUUGAUGUCGUAUUGUGUUUUGAAUUGUUUGAAACCACACUGAGUGGCUGGGUAACCUAGUUAGAUGGGCGGCAUAUAAAUAAAUUAUUAUUAUUAUUAUUAUUAUUAUUAUUAUUAUUAUUAUUAAUGUUCUGGCUAUGUUACUGGGUUGCCCCUGUCACUCUAGGUAGCUUCCAGCAUAUAAUAAUAAUAAUAAUAAUAAAACUAUACAGAGCUGCCUUCAGAUGUCUUCUAAAGGUUGUAUAGUUACUCAUCUCCAUGGCUCAGGGGUCACAUAAUUCCAUACACUCCAACAUUUCUCCGAUGAAAAUAGGGACGUCCUAAGGAAAAGCGGGAGAUUCUGGGAUCAAAUCAGAAGCCAGGAUGGCUUUUGUAAAUCUGGGACUGUCCCUAAAAAUAGGGACACUCAGAGGGUCUGCAUCUUAUGUGCCUCUUUUUGUAACAAGUGCUUUGAGAUAUUGCAGUUUUCUGCUCUUGCUUGGUUCUCUUCGAGGGAGAGGAAAUCAGUCGAAGCAAAGCGCUACCAGAACCCCGGGGACAUCUACAUCCAUGCCGAGGCUACGGGGACUACUCUUCUGUUGUUUGGAAUCUGUUAUGUUGCUAUUUUCUAACGCAGUGGAGAGUCUGAACUAUAAGCUAACUUUGUAUUGAGGCAGAUGGUCUGUGGGUGUGCAAAGUAAGAAUUGAGCUUUACCAAAACUGGUAGAUGGUGAAAGCAGCAGGUCAGAAUCAUUUUUAAAGCUGCUUUAAAAGGAAAGGAGAGGGAGAGAUGUCGUGCCUCCCUAGUAUUCCGUUGCUUGCAAAACAUUUUACCUCAUGUCUAGCUUCAAGCUGUUGUCAUGAUCUGGAUUUUUGCCACAGCUAUGGCUGCUGGAUGUUUUUGCCUGCAGUCCUCUGCACAAUGUCCUCAGUGGGAUGUUAACAUUCUUAGAUGAGAAAAAUGCCACAGCCUUUGUCUACACAACACAAAAGGAAAUCAGUGGUCAUGGAGGUGUUUUGCUAUCGGUAAGAUUUUGUAAAAGGCCAGAACAAGACAUUACAUCAGGGUGGGGGACCUCCAGUUUGCAGGCCAAAUUAUGGGUCUUAAUUUUGCCUAUGAGGUCAUUUUAUCCAAACCAUCUCCACCUGCCCCACACCUGACAUCAAAGCUUCUGCUGGUUCCUUGACCAGCAAGGAUUGCUGCCAGCACCAAUUCCAGACCCUCCAAGUCUCCCUAUUCUCCAGGGACAGCUCUGGAUUUACAGAAGCCAUCCCAGUUUCUGAUUUGAUCCAGCAACGUCCCGCUUUUCCUUAGGAUGAAGAAGGCUGAUCACUGAAGGAUUGAUGCUUUUGAAUUAUGGUGCUGGAGGAGACUCUUGAGAGUCCCAUGGACUGCAAGAAGAUCAAACCUAUCCAUUCUCAAGGAAAUCAGCCCUGACUGCUCACUGGAAGGACAGAUCCUGAAGCUGAGGCUCCAAUGAUUUGGCCACCUCAUGAGAAGAGAAGACUCCCUGGAAAAGACCCUGAUGUUGGGAAAGAUGGAGGGCACAAGGAGAAGGGGAUAACAGAGGACGAGAUGGUUGGACAGUGUUCUCGAAGCUACCAGCAUGAGUUUGAGCAAACUGCGGGAGGUGGUGGAAGACAGGAGUGCCUGGCAUGCUCUGGUCCAUGGGGUCACGAAGAGUCGGACAUGACUAAACGACUAAACAACAUUUUCAUCGGAGAAAUGUUGGAGGCUAUGGCAUUAAGCGACCCACCGAGCCAAGAAAAUAAGCAACUAUACUUCUUUGUUUUGAAAUCAUUUUGAUUUUACAAAAAUAAAUUUAUAACAAUCCAAUUCAUAUCCAUAUAUAGAAAUUACUCUGAAUCUUGAGACUUCCCUCAUCUGCUCCAUGGGUCCUAUUGUCAACAUUUACAAAUGCAUAUUAUUCCAUAACCUAUAUUUUGUAUCUAUCCAUAGCAUUUGUUACAUUACAAAAGAGAUUAAAAUCCUGCUAAUGUUUUCAUGUGCUUGCACUGGUCUCUUAAAUAAAUCAUACAUUUUCCCCAUUCAUUUUAAAAAGUUUUUGUCCUGUUGGUUCCAAGAGGGUGAUACAACCUUUAGAAGACAUCUGAAGGCAACUCUGUUGGGUUUUUUUAAAAAAAAGUUUAAUGUUUUAUUAUGUUUAUAUAAAUGUUGGAAGUCAAACAGAGUGGCUGGGGCAACCCAGUCGGAUGGCUGGGGUAUAAAACAACAACAAGAAGAAUAACAGUUAUUAUUAAAUAGGGCAUCCCUAUUUUCACUGGGGGACGUGGGUGGUGCUGUGGGUUAAACCACAGAGCCUAGGGCUUGCUGAUCAGAAGGUCGGCGGUUCGGAUCCCAGCGAAGAGGUGAGCUCCCGUUGCUCGGUCCCAGCUCCUGCCCACCUAGCAGUUCGAAAGCACAUCAAAGUGCAAGUAGUUAAAUAGAUACCACUCCGACGGGAAGGUAAACGGUGUUUCCGUGCGCUGCUCUGGUUCGCCAGAAGCAGCUUAGUCAUGCUGGCCACAUGACCCGGAAGCUGUAUGCCGGCUCCCUCGGCCAAGAAAGCGAGAUGAGCGCCGCAACCCCAGAGUCGGCCACAAAUGGACCUAAUUUCACUGGAGAAAUGUUGGAGGGUAUGCACACAGAAAAUGUCAGCUUGUUGGUUUUGUUUUCCCUUCUUGAGAGGAUUUUUUUUUUUUUUUACACAUCUGAUUCUUGGUGACAUGCUGUGUUUGGGGCCUUUUUGUAGUUCAGUAACAUGACAAAGGCACCGAAUUAGCUUAAAUUGCUUGCCUGCGGUCUAACUGUGAGGUACUGUCUCUCAGCCCAUGCCAAGGCCUAUCUAUGCCUGGGCUUGGUUAGCUCCCGGUUCUUUUUGCUACCCACAGUAGCACACUGCUGGCAGUCUUAUCUUCAGUUGGUGACAAAAAAUAUUCAGAGCAGUUACUCAUGUUAUAACCCCUUUCCUCCCACAUUAACUCUGGGGCUGGUUUCUGUGAUGGAUUGGAGAACAUUAGCUGCUGCCUCACCCCCACCCUACCCACCUCCCGUGCAAACAGAAAAGGAUGAAAGGGAAAGAAGGAGUGAGCUCUGGGUGUUACCUGGUAACUGCAGAUAAAGCAGCCUGCUGAAUAGACAUUUGCGAGUGGAGUGGUUUCUGUCACAUGUGUGGUGCAUAUUAAUCCAAAGUCCUAGAUAAGGGGGCUGGGAAUGCACACAACAUAUUUUUACACCAUAAUAGUUUAUGGGGAAACUUUACUAGUUUGUUUCCCUGCGUGUUGUUUCUAUAGCACUUUUCACCGUUGUCACAAGGAUCCACACACAAACACUGUUGACACUAGCAGAUCCUCCAAGUGUCCCUAUUUUCCAGGGACAGUCCUGGAUUUACAGAAGCCAUCCUGGUUUCUGCCUUGAUCCCAGAAUGUCCCACUUUUCCUUAGGACGUUCCUAUUUUUAUGGAAGAAAUGUUGGAGAGUUUGGAGGGUAUGGUAAAGGUAAAGGUAAAGGGACCCUGACUGUUAGGUCCAGUCGCAGACGACUCUGGGGUUGUGGUGCUCAUCUCGCUUUACUGGCCGAGGGAGCUGGCAUUUGUCCGCAGACAGCUUCCAGGUCAUGUGGCCAGCAUGACUAAGCCACUUCUGGCGAACCAGAGCAGCGCACAGAAACGCCGUUUACCUUCCUGCUGGAUUGGUACCUAUUUAUCUACUUGCACUUUGACAUGCUUUCGAACUGCUAGGUUGGCAGGAGCAGGGACCGAGCAACGGGAGUUCACCUCGUCACAGGGAUCUGAAGCACCAACCUUCUGAUCGGCAAGCCCUAGGCUCUGUGGUUUAGACUACAGCACCACUUGCGUUGGGUAUAGUAGGACAUCCCUAUUUCUUUUCUUUUUGCAUUUUCCGUUACAAACAUUCAUUUCUUUCACUGUGAUAUUCUACUUUACCCCAUCAGCUCUUUUGAGCCUCUAAUACAAUAUCUAAUACAAUGAUAAUUAUUGAUUACAGCCAUGAAACAUCUCUAGUUAUUUCCUAUCAAAAGAAGACUUCCCAGCCUAUCUUUCCUUGACAUACUAAAUUUCCAUUUGGUUUUGCUGUGACUCCUUGUUUGAUGCCCCCGCCCCCUUUUCUUUUACAACCAUACCUUGGAAGUCGAAUGGAAUCCAUUCCGGAAGUCUAUUCAACUUCCAAAAUGUUCGGAAACCAAAGCACGGGUUCUGAUUGGCUGCAGGAAGCUUCUGCAGCCAAUCAGAAUCCGUGGAAGCCCUGUUGGAUGUUCAGCUUCCAAAAAUAGUUCACAAACCGGAACAGUCACUUCCAGGUUUGUGUCAUUCCAAAGCAAAAACGUUCGAGAACUAAGCUGUUUGAAAACCAAGGUAUGAUUGUAUAUCUUUUACCCCUUCUUUUGCUGAUGUUCAUAUAUCUGUCCCUGCUUGUAUAUUUAACACUAUUCCACUUUUUAAAAAUAUUUUUUUCUAGUAAUUCUCACUCACUUAUUAUUUUCAUAACCAUUUUUCUUAUUGUAGCCAUCAUAUUGGCUAAUUCUAUAAAUUCUAUUAAUUUAAACAGCCACUGAUAUUUUGUCCGUAUUGCCUUUUCUUUCUACAUUUUCGCUCCUGAUGUCGCGUAGAUAGUUUUUUAGUUUUGAUUGGGAGUUUUUGUCCACUUGGGGCUAGCAGGAAUGCUUCUGGGGGGGGGAAUGAACAUUGGAGCAUCUUCUUAAGUUCUUCAUGGACCAUCCCCCAAAAUUCUUUCCCCCUUUUACACUGCCACCACAUGUGGAUUAACGUACCUCCUGCAUACUAUUUCCAUCAUACGGUAUGGAGUCAUGCGACCCCUGAGCCAAGGAGAUAAGGUACAGCUUGGAACAGCUGCUCUGAGUAAUGACCACAUGCUAUUUGAAACAUGGGAAGGGGAUCUGCACCUCUUGUCCCAUUCUCAAUGGUGUUACCACAUGGCUGUGCACACUUCCUUCUUUUGAAAAUGCUAUUAAGGCACGGUUCCCACAACGCCUGCACUGCACAGGAUUCCUCUUAGCCAUCCCCAGCUGCAUGGACAAAGAGUUGUUUUCAGAAGGUUCCCACCAUGUGUGCCCAUUACAUGUGGAGAGGGAACAACUCCUCCUGUUGGCCCUGUCAGGACCUCGUCCUACACUUGAGUAGGACCCUGGCAGAGACUCGUGCCCGACUGGCAUGUUCUCUCCCUCCUGGUUGAUCGUUCGGGAGCUUCAAAAGCUUUCUUCAGCCCAAACAUCACAGCGACCGAUGCCAACAGACAUUGGCACACUUAGGGAUCCACAGAGUCUUCGCAGCUUGCGUGACAGACCUCAGCAACUCAGCAUUUUGGCUAAUCUACUUUAUUACAUAUAAACACACACAGAGCACUGCAACAUGGCUCCCUCUCUCUCUAGCAUCAGACCGCAAAGAGAGAAAGAAUAAAGGACAAUAGUCUCACUUCACGGAACACAGUAACACAAACAUCCUGUCUCCGUCACUUCCCACUCUGUGGAGUCAAAACAUACACCGUCAUGUGAUAGAGAAAAAUCCCAUGACUGCAAUUAUUGAGCAAGAAUUCUAACAGGCCCCACCAGACCCUCCAAGUGUCCCUAUCUUCCAGGGACGUCCCUGAUAUAGGGAAGCUGUCCCAGUUUCUGAUUUGGUCCCUCUUUUCCUUAGGACGGGCAUAGGAAAACUCAGCCCUCCAGAUGUUUUGGGACUACAACUCAUCAUCCCUGACCACUGGUCCUGUUAGCUAGGGAUCAUGGGAUUUGUAGUCCCAAAACAUCUGGAGGUCCAAGUUUGCCUAUGCCUGCCUUAGGAUAUCCCUAUUUUCACUGGAGAAAUGGAGGGUAAGAAUUUAUCUGACCCCCCCCCCCGAGCCGUCUGAAGGUAAUCCUGUAUAAGGAAGUUUUUUUAAAAAAAAUGUUUAAGGUUUUAUUAUGUUUUGAUAUACUGUAUGUUGGAAGCUGCCCAGAAUGGCUAGGCCAACCCAGUAAGAUGUGUGGGGUAUAAAUAGUAAAAUUAUCAUUGUGGAAUGGGACGUCCCUAUUUUCAUCAGGGAAAUGUUGGAGGGUAUGCCCCACACAUGAUGUCAUGUGCUUCCUAGGCCCCACCCCUAAUGUCCAUGAGUGGGGCAUCAGCAAAAGGAAUCCUACACAAAUGCAUCCCGUUGCAAUGUACGUAUGAGCAUCACGAAGAGUAGGGACUUCAUUGUGUGUCCAUUCCCUCUACUUAAACUUAGCGUCCAUGUGCAAAUGGCCUUCAGAAAAGGUCACCUUCCCUGUAAUUUGUGCAAUCAUAGCCACUUUAAAGUGUGCCCCUGCAAUCACACAAUGUAUCUAUUGUAUGUCACAUAAUACAUUAUUUUCCAUGCCCUCUUUGUACCUGGGAAUAGUCAAGAAAGUAUGCAUGCAGGCUAAUUGCCUAUGCAAACCAACCCUCAAUUAUAUAACUUUAUUUUUAAAAAUCUUCUUUUUUUUUCAUCUGCAUCAUUCAACACAGCCUCUUUUUCUUUCCUUCUCACAAACAUUAAAAGUAGAGCCAAAUUGGCUACCUUACCACAUAUUAUUUUGCUCAGUCUUGCCAUUUAUAUGUAUUUUUACGGGGGGGGGGCAGGAGCUGCUUCUUCUGCUAAUUAUACAUGGCAUGCUAUAGACAAGGAGCUUGUGGGAUGGAAUAUAAAAAUGGUUUAAAUUAACAAGGCACAGACGGAAUGCCAAAUUCCUCAAAAAUGAUCAGCGCUUUUGCCCCGAGUCAUAAUGCGGAUGGGCUGCCAAAUUCUCAUCCCUACAUGUGGCCAAUCACCAGUAUCUGUUUAAGAAGGAAUAAUUAGUGAAAUGGUAUAAUGAAGUCUGUCAUUUUUUAGCAGACUGAAUUAGACUGAUUAACUCAUUAUAAGCCACCCAUAGCAAAUCUGUCAUCUGGAGUAAUAGUAACAAUCACACAUGCCACUCUUUCAUUUAAAAAAAUUGAGGCCAGAAUAAAAGCAACUGUUGUACCUGUAGGAAGAGCGAAAGGGAUACAUUGAUGGUACUAAUUCAAAUGCUGUAAAAUGAUGAUGAUGAUGAUGAUGAUGAUGAUGAUGAUGAUUAUAUUACUAUUACUAUUAUUAUUAUUAUUAUAGGAAAAAGCUCAACAACUUUGCUGGAUUUUCACUUUGUAGUCAUUCGCCCACCAGUACCUUCUACAGCACCCACAAAUGGUCCAAGUAAACAACCUCUCAAACACUCACAAUGCUCUUCCUGUUUGGACUUGCCUACAUUGAAUACGGGAAGUGGGUGGCAUUGUGGUCUAAACCACAGAGCCUAGGGCUUGCUGAUCAGAAGGUCAACGGUUCGAAUCCCCACAACAGAGUGAGCUCCUGUUGCUCAGUCCCUGCUCCUGCCAACCUACGUAGCAGUUCGAAAGCACGUCAAAGUGCAAGUAGAUAAAUAGGUACGUUUCCGCGCACUGCUCUGGUUUCGCCAGAAGCAGCUUAGUCAUGCUGGCCACAUGACCCGGAAGCUGUACGCCGCCUCCCUCAGCCAAUAAAGUGAGAUGAGCACCACAACCCCAGAGUCGUCCGUGACUGGACCUAAGGUCAGGGGUCCCUUUACCUCUAACUUUACAUUGAAUACACCCCCUUAAACGUGCCCACAUGUUGUUGGAUGUCAGGACUAGGUGUCAACGUGGCCAGUGAAAAGCAAAUAACUGAAAAACAAAUAAGUUUAAUGGGGGGGGGGGGAGAGACCAGUGGUCACAAGGGAUGACAGAGAGCCAAAGAUUCCCUAUACCUGUUACAAACAUUUUUUUAUUUUUUAUUUUUGCUGGUCUCAAACCACAUCAGACUUCUCAGAACUUACAAAUCUGUUAUUUUUCAGUGUUAAGAAUUGUCAGGGACUGGACUCCCCCAACCCACGGGUUUCUCUCAUGCAGAGGGCUGGGACCCCUCAAUAUUCUGCGGCCUGAGGCGGGUCCUGCCGGGUCUCCCCAAGGCUACAAUGGGCCCUCCCGGCAGCCGCAAUGGGCCCUAUCGAGCCUACCCACAGCCAUGGCAGGCCCCAUCAGGCCUUCCUGUGGCUGCGACAGACCCCCUCAAAGUUGGGCGGAACCCAGUGCCUGUGCUGUCAUGUGUAGAGUAUAGGUUCAGCUAUUAACAGUGAAGCCUCAGAGAUAACGGAGGAGGAAGGGAAGACCUGUCUGGAGUCCCAGCAGAGAGAAGCUGCUGGGGAGGAACUUGAGGGCCUGCUGAGCUGCAGGUUGUGCCUGACAACUGGAAUUGCCGGAGGGAUAUUCACUGGGGGAUGAGUGUGUGGUGUAACACCAUGUUCCUAAUAAUCUUGUGAUUGAGGCUAUUCGUGUGUAGGAAGAGAGGGACCGGGUAUGGAUGCUGGACCUUUUGAACGGAAGCCCAGCGUUCAUCAGACCAACCAAUGCCAUGCUUUCUGGCUAAUUCAUAUAACCUACAACCCCCCAUGGUAAGCUUAUGUCAUAAAACAUUUAAAAUGGUACCCCAGGUUAAGAACUUAAUUUGUUCUGGAGGUCCGUUCUUAACCUGAAACUGUUCUUAACCUAAGGUAGCACUUUAGCUAAUGGGGCUUCCCACUGCUGCCACACGGUUUCUGUUCUCAUCCUGAACAAAGUACUUAACCCGAGGUACUAUUUCUGGGUUAGCGGAGUCUGUAACCCGAAGUGUUUGUAACCUGAAGCAUCUGUAACCCAAGGUACCACUGUAUUAGUAUUUAAGGUGUCACAAAAGACUUUGCUUUCUAAGUAUGGUGAGUAAUAUCAGUAGGACCUCUCUCUGCUCCAACACUGGUAUUUCCUUUUUUAAAAAUUUUCUUUUGCUUUGUUGUUGUUUAGUCGUUUAGUUGUGUCUGACUCUUCGUGACCCCAUGGACCAGAGCACACCAGGCACUUCUGUCUUCCACUGCCUCCCGCAGUUUGCUGAAACUCAUGCUGGUAGCUUCGAGAACACUAUCCAACCAUCUCGUCCUCUGUCGUCCCCUUCUCCUUGUGCCCUCCAUCUUUCCCAACAUCAGGGUCUUUUCUAGGGAGUCUUCUCUUCUCAUGAGGUGGCCAAAGUAUUGGAGCCUCAGCUUCAGGAUCUGUCCUUCCAGUGAGCACUCAGGGCUGAUUUCCUUAAGAAUGGAUAGGUUUGAUCUUCUUGCAGUCCAUGGGACUCUCAAGAGUCUCCUCCAGCACCAUACUGUAAUUCAAAAGCAUCAGUUCUUCGGCAAUCAGCUUUCUUUAUGGUCCAGCUUUCACUUCCAUACAUCACUACUGGUAAAACCAUAGCUUUUACUAUACGGAUCUUUGUUGGCAAGGUGAUGUCUCUACUUUUUAAGAUGCUGUCUAGGUUUGUCAUUGCUUUUCUCCCAAGAAGCAGGCGUCUUUUAAUUUCGUGGCUGCUGUCACCAUCUGCAGUGAUCAUGGACCCCAAGAAAGUAAAAUCUCUCACUGCCUCCAUUUCUUCCCCUUCUAUUUGCCAGGAGGUGAUGAGACCAGUGACCAUGAUCUUAGUUUUUUUCGAUGUUGAGUUUCAGACCAUAUUUUGCGCUCUCCUCUUUCACCCUCAAUAAAAGGUUCUUUAAUUCCUCCUCACUUUCUGCCAUCAAGGUUGUGUCAUCUGCAUAUCUGAGGUUGUUGAUAUUUCUUCCAGCAAUCUUAAUUCCGGCUAGGGAUUCAUCCAGCCCAGCCUUUCGCAUGAUGAAUUCUGCAUAUAAGUUAAAUAAGCAGGGAGACAAUAUACAGCCUUGUCGUACUCCUUUCCCAAUUUUGAACCAAUCCUUUGUUCCAUAUCCAGUUCUAACUGUAGCUUCUUGUCCCACAUAGAGAUUUCUCAGGAGACAGAUGAGGUGAUCAGGCACUCCCAUUUCUUUAAGAACUUGCCAUAGUUUGCUGUGGUCGACACAGUCAAAGGCUUUUGCAUAGUCAAUGAAGCAAAAGUAGAUGUCUUUCUGGAACUCUCUAGCUUUCUCCAUAAUCCAGCGCAUGUUUGCAAUUUGGUCUCUGGUUCCUCUGCCCCUUCGAAAUCCAGCUUGCACUUCUGGGAGUUCUCGGUCCACAUACUGCUUGAGCCUUCCUUGUAGAAUUUUAAGCAUAACCUUGCUAGCGUGUGAAAUGAGUGCAAUUGUGCGGUAGUUGGAGCAUUCUUUGGCACUGCCCUUCUUUGGGAUUGGGAUGUAGACUGAUCUUCUCCAAUCCUCUGGCCACUGCUGAGUUUUCCAAACUUGUUGGCAUAUUGAGUGUAGCACCUUAACAGCAUCAUCUUUUAAAAUUUUAAAUAGUUCAGCUGGAAUACCAUCACUUCCACUGGCCUUGUUAUUAGCAGUGCUUUCUAAGGCCCAUUUGACUUCACUCUCCAGGAUGUCUGGCUCAAGGUCAGCAACCACACUACAUGGGGUGUACGAGCUAUCCAUAUCUUUCUGGUAUAAUUCCUCUGUGUAUUCUUGCCACCUCUUCUUGAUGUCUUCUGCUUCUGUUAGGUCCUUACCACUUUUGUCCUUUAUUAUGGUAAUCUUUGUACGAAAUGUUCCUUUCAUAUCUCCAAUUUUCUUGAACAGAAAUGGUUCUUGAAUGGUUCUUCCCAUUCUGUUGUUUUCCUCUAUUUCUUUGCAUUGCUCGUUUAAGAAGGCCUUCUUGUCUCUCCUUGCUAUUUUUUGGAAAUCUGCAUUCAAUUUCCUGUAUCUUUCACUAUCUCCCUUGCAUUUUGCUUUCCUUCUCUCCCCCGCUAUUUGUAAGGCCUUGUUGGACAGGCACUUUGCUUUCUUGAAUUUCCUUUUCAUUGGGAUGGUUUUCAUUGCUGCCUCCUGUAUAAUGUUGCGGGCCUCCGUCCAUAGUUCUUCAGGCACUCUGUCCAGCAAAUCGAAAUCCUUAAACCUGUUCCUCACUUCCACUGUGUAUUCAUAAGGGAUUUGAUUUAGAUAGUAUCUUACCGGCCCAGUGGUUUUUCCUACUUCCUUCAGUUUAAGCUUGAAUUUUGCUAUAAGAAGCUGAUGAUCUGAGCCACAGUCACCUCCAGGUCUUGUUUUUGCUGACUGUAUAGAGCUUCUCCAUCUUUGGCUGCAGAUAAUAUAAUCAAUCUGAUUUCGAUGCUGCCCAUCUGGUGAUGUCCAUGUGUAGAGUCGUCUCUUGUGUUGCUGGAAAAGCGUGUUUGUGAUGACCAGCUUGUUCUCUUGACAGAACUCUAUUAGCCUUUGCCCUGCUUCGUUUUGAUCUCCAAGGCCAAACUUGCCAGUUGUUCCUUUUAUCUCCAAUCCCCAAUAAUGAGAAGAACAUCCUUCUUUGGUGUCACUUCUAUAAGGUGUUGUAAGUCUUCAUAGAACUGGUCGAUUUCAGUUUCUUCAGCACCAGUAGUUGGUGCAUAAACUUGGAUUACUGUGAUUUUAAAAGGUCUGCCUUGGAUUCGUAUUGAGAUCAUUCUAUCAUUUUUGAGAUUGCAUCCCAGUACAGCUCUCGCCACUCUUUUGUUGAUUAUGAGGGCCACUCCAUUUCUUUUACGGGUUUCUUGCCCACAGUAGCAGAUAUGAUGGUCAUCCGAAUUGAAUUUGCCCAUUCCUGUCCAUUUUAGUUCACUGAUGCCCAGGAUGUCAAUAUUUAUUCUUGCCAUCUCAUUUUUUACCACAUCCAACUUACCCAGGUUCAUGGUUCUUACAUUCCAGGUUCCUAUGCAAUAUUUUUCUUUACAGCAUUGGACUUUCCUUUCGCAUCCAGGCAUAUCCGCAACUGAGCAUUCUUUCAGCUUUGGCCCAGCCGCUUCAUCAGCUCUGAAUAUACUUGUACUUGUCCUCCACUCUUCCUCAGUAGCAUGUUGGACGCCUUCCUACCUGAGGGGCUCAUCUUCCAGCGUCAUAACUUUUAUAUGCCUGUUGUCUUUGUCCAGGGAGUUUUCUUGGCAGGGAUACUGGAGUGGCUUGCCGGUUCCUGCUCCAGGGGGAUCACGUUUGGUCAAAACUCUCCACUAUGACCUGUUCAUCUUGAGUGGCCCUGCACAGCAUACUUCAUAGCCUUAUUCAAGCCCCUUCGCCACGGCAAGGCAGUAAUCCAUGAAGGGAUCUUUUGCUUUAUUUAUACAUUAAAAGUUACAUGCAAUGAAACGCAUCAAUCUAUUAAAAAGAAAAAAGACAGAAAGAAAGAACAUUCAACUAAUAAUCUUGUAAAAUACAUACAGUGAUUUAAGGAAUACAAACCGUCACCAACAUUAUUAUAAACAAAUAUUACCACUGCUAUUUCCAUACUGCUGCCCUUCCACUCCAUCUCUGUUCAUCUAUCUCUCUCUCUCUCUCUCUCUCUCUCUCUCUCUCUCGUUUUAUGGUUACAUAACAUGGACCAAGUAAUAUUUCCCAAGAGUAUUUCGGCAUCAUUUACUGUCCUUUACAAGUAAUUACUAUAAAAAUAUGCUAUCAUGCAUCCUGAAGCACUCCCAAGAGAGAUAAACUAUAAAGUAGAAGCAAGGCAAACAUUCUUUUGAUAACUUUUUUUUUUUUUGCUUUAAAUCAGAGAGCUGAGUGGGAGGAGAAGGGUUUUGUGCUCAUCCCAAUUUAGUUAUUUUUUUCCACUCCUGAAGCCUGUUUACGUGGUCCUAGCAGUGGCAGCAUUCAACUGGGCUGUCUCAAAAGAUCUUGCUGCCCGAGACAGAGUAGCAAAGAGGACACGGUGUGUAGUACCCAAGGCCGGUCAAGUUAUUUUGACAGCACAAAAGCCCCACAAACACCUCUUCCAAUCCUUGGCGUGCUUUCGAAUUGCUAGGUUGGCAGGAGCUGGGACCGAGCAAUGGGAGCUCAACCCAUUGCGGGUUGACAAUUCAGCACACCUGAGGUAUCUUAACAAUUUAACUAAUUAGCAGGGGGAGUUUACCUACUGCAUUGAAUGCAGCAAUGUGAUAGGGUAAUUGAUUAUUUGAAAACUGCAUUGAAGUUGAUCAAGUGGUAGUGUUUACUGUUAUAGAAUACUGUUAGGGAAUGCUGUCGAGUACUGUUGAAGAAAGGUGGUGAGAAGGGGUGUUUUGCAGCUGUUUGAUUAUUAUUUAAAAAUAAAGAUAAGCAAAGAUAUUGCGGGCAAGCUUUUAUCCCAUCGCCCCAGUCGCUGCACAAACUUGGCUGGCAAAGAAGGUCUAACAAUCUCACGGAAGAAAGCACACUUAUCUGUGAAAAGUGGUCUGUGUCCUGGUAUCUCAGAAAGCUGUGGUUGCUGAGAGGAAGAGGGCAGGACAGAGCAUAUAGAGUCCAUUCCAGAAGUGGGUCACCAAGUCAUGCAGAGUCACUACGAUAGCUUCCCAGCAGGGUGAGGAAUAAGGUGGUGGGAAGGUCAGAGUAGUGCAAACGCACCAGCAGAGCCAAUCUGCUGCUCCUGCUGGUGGAUUUGCACCAAACUGAGCUCCUUGGCACUUUGACCCUCUCCCUUCAGGUAAGCAACAGCAACCCACCUGCCAGGAAUCUAGCCUAGUGACUCUGCCCCAGCCACCUGUGGUCCAUCCCAAUCACAGGCACAUUUGUGAAUCUAAAACAACGGCAAUGUUGAUAUUGUAACACACACAACGUGUGUCAGUAUUUCAUUCUCUCAUUGCUGGAUCAUGUGAUCCUCUGUUGACAUUCCUUACUAUCGUAAGUGUGGGAACGGAACUCAGACUUGAGAACUUCCGUUUUCUUUGUUCUCUUCUCUCCGAAGAGAGGGUGUGUGUGAGAGAUGCUGUUCACACUAGCCAUGUUAUUUUGUUUUAAUUGUUUUAAUGGUGACCGGGAGUGGCCGCCGGGACCACAUAACACCGGUUCUGAGAGAUCUGCAUUGGCUCCCAGUACGUUUCCGAGCACAAUUCAAAGUGUUGGUGCUGACCUUUAAAGCCCAGAUGGCCUCGGUCCAGUAUACCUGAAGGAGCAUCUCCACCCCCAUUGUUCAGCCUGAGAUCCAGCGCCAAGAUCCAGCUGAGAUCCAGCACCAAGGGCCUUCUGCGGUUCCCUCAUUGCAAGAAGUAAGGUUACAGGGAACCAGCCAGAGGGCCUUCUCAGUAGUGGCGCCCACCCUGUAGAACACCCUCCCUUUAGAUGUGAAGGAAAUAAGUAGCUAUCCUAUUUUUAAAAGACAUCUGAAGGCAGCCCUGUUCAGGGAAGUUUUUAAUAUUUAACGCUGUAUUGUUUUUAAUACUUGAUUGGGAGCUGCCCAGAGUGGCUCAGCCAGAUGGGCGGGGUAUAAAUAAUAAAUUAUUAUUAUUAUCAUCAUCAUCAUCAUCAUCAUCAUCAUCAUCAUUAUUAAUUUGCUGUAAAUAAUAAAGUAAUUCCUAAACAGUCUGGCUUUCUGCUGAACUCUGCUAACGCGUGCACACAGCUCCAUUGGAUGUGUGUCGCAGAUGUCGUACAGGACGGCUCCCAGAGGAGAUGUACGGAAAUCAUGCACCAUGCAUUGUAGCCAAUGCGUUGGCCUAAGUUUUCAAGGAACAAUUGAAGGGGGUGUCGCAAAAACACAAAUUCUGGGUCCCCUCCAUUUGAAUUCUGAAAGGUUCAAAUAAAAGUUCCAGCUCCUGGGUUUAAGUUCAAAAUAAACGCAUGGGGAAAUUGUCAACGUCUAAAGAACUUCUAACAUUUAUGGCCAAGAGAAAUGCUCAGAGCCAAGCUUUCUUCGCUUUAGCUGUCCUCCAUUGAACCACAAACCACAUGGAGUAAUUUACAGUACAGGAGGCUGGCAGGGUGGGAAAGGAGGCUACUGCAAUCAGGCUGUACGUAAGCAACCUCUAGCAGCAGGAUUCUGCAGAAUUAUGGCCAUUAAGCUUAAUUGCAAUGUUCCGUUUCAGCAAUUAAUUUCUACACUUUGAUAGCAGUUAAUUUUAUUUUUAAUUUUUUUAUUUUUGCUGGAGGUGGGAGCAAAACUUUUACAAAUGAUGAUCCAUCACUGAGACAUAUCCUGAGAGGGUUUUUUGGGUUUUUUGUUUUAAUGAGAAUACCCUAGGCUCACCUUUCGAUAUUGCACCUGAUAAAUUAUUCCGGGACGAUUUCAUCUCCUUUUAUAAUGGCAGCUGCUGUCACAGAGGAUGGAAAAAUGGUCCUUGGCGUCAUUUAUGUUACUAUAGCAAUUAGUCUGGAUGGAGGGCAUCCUUUAAACCAGAUGUCAUCGCACGCUGCCGGCAGGUCCCAAAGCACCUGCCAGCAUCUCCUGUAGCACCUGCAAAAGGUCUCAGCAAGUAUCACCUCAAAAAACCCCACAAUAUAUGAGAGCCUGUUUGCUAUUCCAGCUCUUCUCCAUUUACAUUGGUUCAGCCUCCCUUACAAUGAACGUGGGCCCUUAAAUAUGCCUGCAUUUCAUUGGCUAAGAGGAUGGUAUGUCCACUAUCCCAAAUAUUCUUAUUGCUGUGUUUUUGCUCCAUAAGACACACCUAGUUUUUAGAGGGGGAAAAAAUUCUGAACGAAACAGUGGAUGUAUGAUUUUUGUGGUUCAUGCUAUGGCCACAGACAUGUAAUCUGAUGGUGAAUUUGGGGUGACCCAAUGCAAAAAUCCUGAGGAUCCAUGUGGAGCCGUGCUUUGUAACCACGUUUUUGCACCGUUGUGGCCCCACACAACAGUGGAUGUGUGAUUUUUUUGGUGCAGGCUGUAGCCACGGACAUGCUAUGUGAUCUGAUGGUGAAUUUGGGGUGACCCAAUGUAAAAAUCCUGAGGAUCCAUGGGCUUUUACCUCCCCCUUCCCAGGCAGCCACCUUUAUCGCUAGCGUCCCUUAUCUCUCUCCCUGAUCGACAAACGAUCAGCGGCUUUGUUUCAACACCCCCUGCCCUCUUCCAAAAAAACAAAAGCAUGAUCUGCUUUUUGCCCCCGGGCAAUUCAGCUCCAGGGACCACACAUUCGCUCCAUAAGAUGCACAGACAUUUCGCCUUACUUUUUAGGAAGAAUAAAGUGUGUCUUAUGGAGCAAAAAUACGGUAUAUAUUAGAAUUUAUAUACCACCCUAUACCCAGAGGACUCAGGACGGUUCACAGAACAAAAUCAAAAUAUAAAACCACAAAAUAUAUAAUAAAAAUAAAAACAACAGCCCAAUAACACCCCACCCGACAAACCACAUUUUAAAAGGGCAUAGGGUGUCAAUCAAAUCAACCAAAGGCCUGGUUAAAAAGGAACAUUUUUGCUUGGCACCUAAAGGUGUGUAAGGAAGGUGCCAGGUGAACUUCCUUGGGGAGAGCAUGCCACAGACCGGGAGCCACUGCAGAGAAAGCCCCGUUCUCCUGUUGCCACCCUCCGGACCUCUCGAGGAGGAGGUACACGAAGAAGGGCCUCAGAAGAUGAUCUCAGGGUCCAGGUAGGUUCAUAGGGAAAGGGGAGGUCCUUGAGGUAUGAUGUGGGUUCCCUUUUCCCCAUUGAUGGGUUGGCUAAAGAAGGGAGCAUCCCCACACCAUUUUUCUGUCUCAUUUUUUGUUCUUUAAAAUGUGACAGCCAUGUUGUCAUAUGGUAUUCCCCCAUGGCCGCCAUGUCAUGAUUGGCACCAAUGAUAUUUUCUCAAAAUUUAUCCAUUGGCUCCCAAAGGCAGGCAAUCCUGGCUUCGUCUCUGGAUUCACAGUGAACCUCCAAACCCCAAACUCUACACUCCCUGCUUUGCGAAAGAAAAAUAAUAUGACAACCAGGAUCGACAUUGCCGUAUGUCUCAUUCCAAUGCCCCCAUUGAUCAAUCCUAUUUUAAUCAAGAAACAUUUGAUUUCUGUCAUGAUAAAACUAGUUUUUAAGAAGCCAGCAAGAAUGAGCAAAUUAUGGAGGCUGCUUUUCUAGCAAACACAUCUAAGAUGCCACCCAGAGCAAACAGAACUUGUGAAGUCAGCUUUGUCCAAAGCCUUGGCUGAGUGUGAUUUUUUGAAGACUCCAAGGGACAGAAUUUGGCAGGCCUCCCUAGACACCACCUCUGUGGUGCAGUAGAUCAGCAUGUUGGGCUGUUAAACAGAAGCUUGGUGGUUCAAGUCCACCCAGGGACAGCUGUGGGCAAGAUUCCUGCAUUUCAGGGUAUUGUAGCAGAUGACACUCAGGGAACCUUCCAAAUCUACAAUUAUAUGAUUGUAUAAGAGAAGGCAUUCAAUUAUUUUGUUGCCAGUUUUACCUUCCAGUUUUAAUCUAAAAGGCCUUUAAUUUCUAGGGUCUUCCCAGAUUGUCUUAAUUAGCAGAAGCUUUGUAUGUGAGGAGGCACAAUAUUUAUCACUGCGACAAAACUCAAAUGGAUUUCUUUGUCAUCCUGCCUAUGGGGAUGUUUAUUAGCCGUUCCAAAGCAUUUGCCAAGGUUAACUAACAACUGUAACGGUUCCUUAAAGAGAUGUCUGCUUUGCAGCCAGGUACAGCUUUAGAAACGAUUGCUUGGGAAUAUCCUAUGGGUUAUAUAACUAACACACGAAGCCACAGGCUCACUUUGCCUUAGGCGCCAGGUAGAAAAGAAGGCAACUGUCAGCAGAGAAAUCCCAUUCAUUAGAGCAUGAAUGGGAUGUUGACUACUGAAAUAUUCACAAGCUGGAGAAUGUCCUAGGUGGCUGUGAACCAGAAUAAUUGCAAACUCAUCCAGCUUUACAAAACCUCUCCCUCAGUGGCUUAUUACUCUUCUUUUCCUAGUACUUAUAAAUAGUAGGCAAACAUUGGACAGGUGAAACUACACACACACACACACACACACACACACACACACACUCUUGAUGAAGAAUCACUAUUAUAAGUAUACACACACACACACACACACACACACACACACACACACAUUACAGUUGCUUGUGCUCUCCAUGUAACUAUGCCAGGACUGCAUUAUCACACAACUGAAAACUCAGUCCAGGCCACAGAGGCAACCAAAUGCAUAUCAGUGGCUACUGAUUAUGUAGGCUAUAUGUAACCUCAGGAUCAUCAGGGACUGAGGAGGAACAGGAUGUUGGGAUACUGCUGGGGAGAUGGGGGCAUCAGGAAGGCCCACAGCUGGCUCCAGCCACCGGCCGGCCGAUCACUGGUCUCCCUUGGAACAGCAUCAAUCAGUGACACGAGCCUCAGAUACAUUUAGAGACCCGUGCACUCAGCAGAGUGUGUAAAUCUUCUCACAGCAGAAGAGGCAGACAGAGCCAUGUGUAAUCAGUAUAUUACAGCAUUUUAUUCAGCAGCAGGAACAAAGGAAAAAACAUGUCUGCUUCCCUUCAUGUCCAGCAAAACAGCAAUACAAAAGCUAUAUACAAACGGAAGUUCCCAGCAAGCGCUGGAAGUAAACAGGCAGGUGACACACAACAGUCAUGCCUGUUCCCUUUUAAGGUGGAACGGAACUAUAUCCUAACACAGGAAGGGCUGUGGGACCUCCUCAAUCUACCAUUGCACAUGUGCCUUCCAUGGCAAGGAGCAUCUCCUGUCAGCUUCAGUUGGUCAACCAACUAUUAUAGUUUCUCAGCAGGGACAGUCUGACCCAUGUGCUGGUAACCUCAAAAUUGGACUACUGCAAUGCGCUCUCUAGGGUCCUUUGAAGGUGGCCUGAAAGCAAUAGCUUGUGCAGAAUGCUGUGGCUAGGCUGUCAUUCGGAUCAGUUGGCAUCUGUCUGUCUCAAGUGACACCCGCCUCCGGGGGUGAAGUCAAACUGCUGUGUUGGGGCGCCAAACUGACCUCCCUUGGGUGCAAGCCAGGGCAGUGUGUAUGGAGGUCCUGGGCUGCCCAGAUGACAAGACUUCAAUCUUGGUCUUGCUGAUGUAGUCCAAAGAAAAGCAGAGCAAUAGGUUUGGCACCAGUUUGGCUGCAGGAGUCGCUGGAAGGAGCCGCCCAAGCAGCCAUCUUGGGGGCUCCACUCGGGGACUCCGGGUUUGUGUAGGGUUUACUCCUUAACAUUUUCUUCUCCCAAAGAUAUAUCGCAAGGCUGCAUAGGUUUAGGAUUCGUUUUCCUUCUCCUAGAUGGGCUACCUUCCCAAGUUGAUGAGCACUAUCUGCCCCUCACUUCUUGCCACAGGACGUUCAGAAGCCAUCUUCAUGAUCAUCAGACCCACUCCUGGUCUUGUCCACUCAAUCCACCAGAGUGUGGUUAGGGGAAGUCCCUAACUCACCAAGGGUUUGAGGCCCAUCAGCUACCCUCACCUGGUUUAGCCAGACAGUUGAAGCCGUUCUCGGGGUGUGGCUGCUAUUGCAUGCUGAUAGCUUCUCAGAGGCACAGGUGAGAGCCGACUGCAGUUGGGGACCAACGGUGGAUGUACUACCCCAGGAGGAGCACAAUGUGUCCCCCACCAGAGGUCCCCUAACAUCCCAUACAUCCCUGUGGAACAGUACUCCUGUGUUAAAGGAACCCCACAGAUUUCCAGAUACAUACAGAGCACUAAACAGUUUAGGGUUUAGAUACUUGAUGGGCCACCCAUUUCCAUACUAACCUGCCUACACAUUAAGACCUGUUGGGGGCUGCCCACCUGUCAGUGCCACACUUAACAGGGAUUUGAUACAUGGUGACACAGGAGAAGGCAUUCUUAGUACAGUAGGGCUACCACCAGCUCUUAUGAGUUUUUGGCACUGGCUGAAGACUUAUCUAUUUGCCCAGGCCUCUGACAGUGACCUGUUGAAUCUACUUCUUCCUAGUUUCAUUUCCCAUCAUGCUGUGUUUUCUUUAUAUUGCUGUUUUACAAUGUUCUUGUUUUAAAGUUUGUUGCAACCCUCCCUGGAACAACUAUUAAUAAUUAAGAGGAGGUAAGCAGUAUUUUAAAAUAAAAUAAAUACUGGUUACUUUACUUUUUUUUGGCAUCAUGUUCGUGUCAAAUUUUGCAGUGAAUUCUACCAUUUUAAUGUGGCAUCCGGCUGUUUGCAGAAAAUACAUGAGAUGUCUCUAACACAGACAUACUAAGAUCAAUGUUAGCCUGAGGUCUAUAUUAAUGGAUGUCUACAGCAACAUUAAGCAAUCAUAUUUCCCAGAGACUUCAGCUUGAAAUCAUGCCAUGCCUAUGGAAUUAGCAUUUUGUUUUCCACAUCUGUCAUGAUGGCAAGAUCCCCUCCAGACAAUAUUCAUUGGAGGCACAUAGAUAUUCCUCAUGUGGGGCCCAAUUUAAACAUAACAGCGGGGGUGUGCAGAUUUUUUUUACCCACAGGGCAUUCCAUGUAGACAGCAUCUCAUUGAAACUGAGCCACCUGGCUUGCAGUGGUAGCAGGCCAGAGAUCCAUGGUUCUGUCUAUGAUUGAACUUAACCACUGAGGGCUUGUCCUUUAUGACAUUUUUACUACAUAGAUGUCAAGGAGCUGUCAAGCAAGCCCAGGUCAACGGCAGAGCGGGGAAGCACAAGAGGCGCGGAAUGCAAUUGGCUUUUUAUUAACAGAAAAUAACAACACACUACUGUAGAGUCCUCUGGUUCGUCUUAAACCAGCUGAGACAUUGCUGAAACUGACCAAAAGCCCUGCCCUGCCCUCCCUAGUCUUUCACUCUGGAUCCCUCCAAGCAGACAAAGGCUGAGUCGAGGGGAUGGGGUCCUCCUCAGGACUCUCCUCAAGCAGGUGUUAAAGGGGGAGGAGCCAGCAGGACUGGGACUGUCUGUCACAGUCUGGUCUAUGGGCAAUCGGAGUUCCGGCUGAGGAUGUCGGGACUGGGGGCAAGAUGGCGGGGUGGGAGCAAGAACGAGAGUCCAGAAGCCAGGGGUCUGAGGGUCACGAAGUCAAGGGUCUGAGGGUUGAGAAGCAAGGAGUCACAAGUCAAGGGUCCGAGGGUCGAGAAGCAAGGAGUCACGAAGUCAAGGGUCUGAGGGUCAAGAAGCAAGGAGUCAAGAAGCCGAGGUCCGAGGAUCAGGAAGCAAGAAGCCAAAUGCACCAAGGCAGGAAACGUGUUGCUGUGGCAAAGAGCCAAAGGGAAAUGCUGACCUUAUAUCCCUUCCCGACUCUUGCCACCAGGUACAGUGAGUUAUCAAGCGGCCUCACCUGUGCGGCCACACCUUGCCUCUCCAGAACAAGCUUAGGAAGGCCCCAGUCCUGCGAAGCCCUACUGGUCACAGGGCCUGGCUCCUGCACGCACUCCUGACACUGUCCUGCUGCUGCGUAGCAAGGGCAACCUCUGACUCCUCUCUGUCUGAGUCUGCGCUCACACCAUGACGCUCAGCCUCUAACCCUCCUUCUCCUGACCCCUCUUGAUCACUCAAACCUCCUGCUUCUAGCAGCUCCCAGCUUGUACCUUCUGCAGACUGCUCUUCAGUGUCCCACCACCACGAUCUGGGAUCUAAGUCUUCUUCAUCCUUGGGGGCACGGGAUCUAGGGUGGGUGGCUCCCACCACUCUUCCUCAUCCAGCCAGUCCCUGACAAUAGACUUCUUUUGUAUAUGCCCAGUAUGUCCCAUUCCAGGUGCAGAUUAUAGGCAAGGUCAUAGAGCAGAGUGGGAAUUCAGGCCAACAGCAGGACUCUGGGCAGAAGGACUUUGGAGAGCAGUCAGGCAAAGCCAAAGAAUUUUCUGACG